AUGUUUUCCAGUGAGUUCAUUAAGUAUGGUAAUGCAUGCACAUCUGUAAAUUUGAUAUUUUGUUGAUAAAUAUGAAAAUUAUCAUCAGCAAUGUGUCAGACGCACUACUUGAAGUAAAUUAAGAUGUGCAUUCGAAGUAUGGGUGCUUGUGAACGCUCGCAAAACUUCAGGCUAUGACGAACGUUCUCCGGUUUCACCAUUACAUACGCAUGUGCCUACACAUCUGUAUGCAUUUUCAAGGCCGGUUCCCAGCUCGUCGUCAGACUAUGGGUGCACAAAAACAAUUGACUCCCUAACUAUGUUAAGCAAAGGAUUACAUUGGUAGCCAACGUCUGCGCCAAUACGCGUCAACUGCAUCCCGUCAUUCCUACGGUACCGUCUAAGCCGGUUUAUACUUGUCCUUACAGUCGUUGUAUGCGAGAUUUACUUGAAUAUGUCCAUUGAUAAAUGCGUAAUCUGUGUGAACUGUUUUCAGGAAUUUUCGGUCUUUCCUUGUUGGACAGGUGCUAACAGGUACGGCUGUUCCCUGACGCACAUCUGUACCCAAUUACCAGUGUGUGUGCAUGACCAAUUGAGAUAGAUGACCUCGCCUUUUCAUCACUGACUGAUAAUCAUGUGAAGACCGAGCAACUAGUUUGGUCACAACAGACGUCAUCAAAACACUUUUCCUGUCGGGGUAGCUAACCCUGUCCUUAAAGUAUAGAAGCUGUGUAGUGAGACAACUAUCGGGGGGUCCUUUUCGUUCAUGGAUUAUUUUUUCGCUGCCUUUCGACUGGCCACGGUACAUUGCUGACAGCCAGACAAGUGAGUCCUUUUGGUGCCAGGGAGGCCUUAGAAUUGGGAAUACCUUUCGCUUGAAUUUCUUCUGCCUAGAGCAGUGACGUGCAAACCUGCGCGGGCACCUAUUUUUGGAAAGUAUUGUGAAAGGAUAUUACAGUUCUGCCUGAUAACAUCCUUCAUAAGAGCAGUGCGUUUCGAACUGAUUCAGCUUCUGGGAGAUUUCUGUGAACAUCGGGAGCCGUACACAGGAAUAUAAUAAUAUUUGUUAAUGUUUCCUUAGACAUAUUGAUUCCUAACAAGAGCAUAUCCACAGAUUUAUCAAAUUCAGCUAAAUUGCUGAAUUUGCGACAGUGAUUUAUGUCUCCCAUCGAGUCAGGCGAAAUAUCUGUCCCGUUGUCACUUCUGGUUUCGUGCUUCGCGUUCCGGAUUAAAAAAAGUCAUUUAUCUGUUACGUCGCCGGGUUUAGCAGAUGAUCUGUUGUCGUGUAGGUUGCAAAGUCAGUGGAUUGUUUUUUUGGGAGAAACGUUGCAUGAAGGCCAAAGUGCGACUUAGAAUACUGGCUGUCCAACUGUGAUGGACAACUACCAGCCACUUAAUCUGUCAUAGUAUUCACAACCCCCAAGCUAUUGAGAUAAAGCUAACCUGGUGAAAAUGUUGCUUUGAACUUCACAGCACGGGAAAAAUUCAUAAUUCAAUAUUUUCCUGCUGUGUGUGCAUUAACAGUUGUCAUCAGCCAGCAGGUCUGAAAGAAUCCACGUUGGGAAUGAAAGUCGGAAAUGUCAUUACUGGUCGGGGAUGCUCGCCGAUCGUUUACGGAACUCAGUCAUUACGUUGUGCCUUACGGGCUCUCUCUCGAGCCCAACCCUCAGCCGCACAGCGGCGCAUGAUAUAGAUAGUAUGUUAUUACUGGCAAAGACACCAGUCUCCCUUGACAUUGUCGGGAAUAACAUACUGCCAAUUUCUCACUUCUUUCGAUCAACAACAGUGACCAGUGAAGUCGACACUCAUUACUCCCAAAUGUCGCGUGAGUACCUAUGCUUGUGGCCUUAAGUCGAUGAAAGAUAUGCAUCAAAAAAGGGAAAACUAACAACAUUUUAUUUAGAGUAAUGGAUGGUAGCGAUCCAAGAGUAAAGGAAUUACUAUGGUUUUUGCACAAUAUAAGAGGUCUUACUCAUGUUUUCGAUUUCCGUUAGUACUUGGUAGGACGUAGUAUUUAACACAAAAAUAUAUGAAAAAAAUGAACAUUAAAAAUGCUUUCAUCAAUAAAAAAAACCACUUAUUUGGUGGCAAUGGUUAUCUGGAAAAAAACGGAAUGUGUUUGUCAAGCACAAAGAGUUUUGUUUAUAUACCGUGAAGUAGACACAGAAAUUCUAAUUUACGGGGCACAGCAGUAGCGGACUCCAAAGCCACUAUUUCGGGUUUUUUAUCCUUAACGAAUUCUACCCUAGUGCCCCCACAUUUGGGCCCAAGUUGUUCAACCUAUUAAAUCCCAAAAAGAGAGUAGUAGUGUUCUAGUCGAGACAAUGGAAGAAAGUUAGAACAGACUAAACUAUUUGCCUAAACUGCGCGGUAAGUCAGCAGUUAUUCCGUUCUUGAAAAAAUAAAAAUAAAAAUCCCUCAUCCUAACUGCACCUAUUAUCACAAAAGUUCUGACAAUGCGCAGUUAUUUCGCAAUGUUGGUUUUCAAUCCUUCCAAUGACUUCCUAAUGUAUUAUUAAAACAUUUGUUAUCCUGUACCACUUUAAUAAAAAAGUGUUUUUGGCAGAAAAUUUAACGAUAAAAUGAAAGAAUAUGCAUAUGACUAAAUAGAUUAACGCUCAUAAAGUACUUUACUGUAAAGGGCGUAUGUGCUAAACCAUAUGAGGCAGUAUUAUUGCAAGGAUUGAGUAGUUUGAUAAUUAAACAGAGUAUUUACUUAAUUAGCACUAUCACACGCGUCGCUUAUACCGGGACGUCCGGGAGAACCGAUGUUUCGAGAAUAAGCUAGUAGUAUUUAGCAUAGAAUAAAUGCAAGAAGGGACAGGAGGAAUACGUCACUUAUCGAUAAAAUCCCAUUUAUUAUGCGAGUGCUCAUAAGAUUAACACAACUGAUAGCCAAAAAAGACUGCAUCAAAUGCUUAAAAUGUACGAAAAAAAGCACUUUUAAGCAUAAGUGUUCCAGUAGAUUGGGAAGGGUAAUGAGAGAAUCAAGGCGGGCUUCAUUUCCGGGAAACCCUGACUACUAAGGAAUCUGAUGGCUUUAAAUUUACGAGCAGGCUGGAGUUAUUUUGCCGGAAUUAGGCGCCAGAAGGCUUCAUUCUUCAGGUUUCUGCGUGAUAAUUAUCUGAUCUGAAUUUUAAAAACAUCUAGUGACACGAAUCAGACAACAAUCUUUUAAUCCCACCAAGGUUCUAUAAGGGCGACCAUUUUGAAGGCAAUGCGGACAUGGGAAAACGUCACGUGCCUCAAAUUUGUAGAAUGGGAACCACAACACCUGUCUUACCUCAACUUCACAAUCAAGGCAUGUGGGUAAGUGCCUUUGCUCCUUUGCUGCUGCUUAACUGGGCUGCCAAAAACAGGAAUCCGCUUCAAAUCCACCAAACCGAGUUUAACUAUUACAGUUGCAUUUUUUUUAAACCGGGCAAAGUCGCCUGCCAUUUUCGCUAUAUUAAAAUCCCUAAAUUUGCUGGAAGAUGAUUUUGUGCAUAAAAAACAAUGACUUAGCUUAAUAAAUCUCGUAAUUGUGAAUGUAUAGCUAUGUCGGUGUGCUCAUUUGCCUUCUUCAUGGGGAUUCUGGCAUAAAUCCCGUUUUCAAAUAGAAAUCCAAGUGCAGUGCUAUAUUACAAUUGAAAAUUUAAUCAGGUCUUUCACAUCUAAGAUGUCAAAUCCGAUCUUAGCAAGCAUGCGAACUUUCGAUUUGAAUAUUGUAAUAUUCAGAGCAAUAAAAACCGCAGUCGCCGAGGUGCAUCUCCGUUCCACGCGGUCAUUACGAUUGCGAAUUUUAUCAGAGGAAUACGCGUGCUACAUUUACUCCGUUCCUACAGCCAUCGGUAUUCGAUGAUAAAACAAGGUUAGAGUGGCCAGGUGUGGGUGUAGGCGCAUUGCCGAAUAAGUGUUCUCGGAUCUCACAUAAAGACGUAUGUGCUGUAAAGGCCACGCUAAGAAAGAGCGCCAUUGCAAGCGGACACUAAGUCUUCAAUGGAGUCGAGUCAUUUCCUCGGUUGCAAACCUUCUUGAACACGACUGCUGUCGCGUUGGGAUGUUCUGAAAGUACAUUUUUAUUGUUUAAAAUGAGCGGUGAGGGCUGGAUUGACUUCGCGCUUUGUUAAAAUUCCUAUGCACCAUUUCCCUCUCCACGUCAAACCGACUAGGAAUGAGUUGGAUGUAAUGACUGACACAUAUGAGCACCGUAUGCAGGACCGAAUAACAUAAGGGUGAGAUAAGCUGAAGAAGACGCAAUUAGAAGAAGUUACUGCAGUCUGGAACUCACUCAAACGGAGGAUGAAAUGUAUCUCGUGGUAAUAUCCGGUUAAACGCAGCGGCGACCCAUCAGUUUCAAACUCGUUUGGAAACUGGGCCCGUUGUCAUUCGUCAAAGCAGUCAACAAGGGUCCUUGCUUAUUCUAACAGACUGAAAUUUCCGCUCUUCUUCGGACUACCAAUUGACCAACUUGAUGAUUGGGGACUGCCUUACUAUUCUGCCGACAGGUCCGUCACAAGGUAUGUAAAGCCACUAUCAACAAGUCCCGUCUCUCUGAUCAUGUUCAGCUAAACAAAACAAGACCAGACUGCAUCUUCUGCUGGAGCGACAGAUAAACUGAAGGAUGAGGAGUCGGUCUCGCCUGAGGCUGCACGAGUCGACAUAAACCAUCCUAUAUAAGAAAAACAGUUCGACAAUGAUCUGCAGGAGCAAGGGGCUUAUUACUCCAUUCUGCACAGAAUGCGCAAUGUUCAUCACAAGCGUCGUAUUUUUUACCUCGAGGUUAAGUGCUACUCAUUCGUGUCAGAAGUACCUUGUCUGUUCAGCACGAUGUUGACUAACCGUGACAUGCAGUAGAUAUGCUAUCUCAUUAACUGUUGAGUUAUAUUCCAAAAGAUGUCUCUAGUUCGAAAAGAUAACUCAAGUAGGGUUGUCAUCUUAAUCUUAAUCUCGCAUAGUGUUAACAUGCUUUAGUCACUUCAGGAUGCCUUUUCUUAGAAAUCGGUUCUUAUUGACUGUUGGCGUAGGUUACAUGCCACAUAAUCUACUACUUAUAUAAUGCAAUUUUUUCCAUUAAUUUUAAUAUCCUUAUAUAUAUCCAAAUUUCUCUUAUAGAGGAAAUGCAGAAACAUAUUUUUUUCGCUCAUUCGCUAGAAAACCACAUUUUCCUCAAACUUUACAUCUAGAGAAGGAUUUUAUCUUGAUUUAAAGAAAAACAUCCCUAACUCCCGAAAACAUCUGGAUCCAACCUGCCAUUACACAAGCAUUCAGGGUUUCUAAACUGUCAGCAGUAUGCUUUACGAGGAAACCGAGACUGUACUACAUCAUUUUAGCCUAUGCAAGUGAGAAUGAGCGUCACCGGUGACGUUGCGGGUACUUUGUACUUGCUUAUGCAGCGGUGGCUUUGACAUUCUGGCGAAUUCCAUUGUGUCUGAUAAAGCUAACUGGAGUGUUGGACACGCUUUGACUGUAGGAGCAGAUAAUUGGACUUUCUGCGUUGCCGGCAUUGGUAAAUGGCGUAUCUAUCCUUCGUGGGUGCACUUUCGCCAUGGCAUCUUCUGUAUUUUUGAAUUAGGAUACGGCGGUAUAGUCCUUCCCUGCUGUUCACUAUGCCCGCUGGUUCAGUGUUACCGAUUUGGAGGCCUCGUGGUUAUUUUACAUACUUUUGAGGCGCGUUUUAAAUAAGCCCUUUUAACACCGUUAUUCUCGUCCCUUCAGUUUACGUCCCUGACGAUAUCGCAUGCGAGCACUGGCUCAGAAUGCACCCAUUAACCAUCCGACAAUGUGGCCAGAUAAUCGUGGUUAAAAAUGCUUGCUUCAGCAUGACUUGGAUGAAUAGACUGCACGUCCACUUAAACAUCUAGAUAUCGAGGAUCCGUUCCCGUCAUAUCAGAAUUCAUAUCCUUCCCCAUCAAGUUAUUUAGGAAUGAGAAAACUCUUUUACAUCAGCUUGGAAGAUUGUUCAGAUAUCUGCAUCCUUGAGUAGUGCAGGGAAGCUAACUGACCUAAACGUCCUUAAUUUUACGUCGAAUAUGGUGUUUGAAGUCUUUUAGGCCAAUUUAUAAUCAUCUCGGAUAUCAAUGAAGAAAACUGGACCUUAGUAAUUAAAACAGAACUGUUCAUUUCUAACCAGUUUUUGUUUAAGCGAUUUAAUCGGAGGAAAAUUAACUUACCAUCCAUUAUAAGCAAAACUCCCAAUAAACUAAAUUAUACAACAAGCUUAUGCAUUUUUAAACAUAAAUAGAUGCUGUUCUUUCGUCGGUCGUCAAAACGAGCGCAUGUCACAAACGAUUUCCAUCGGACCAGGAUGUCAGACUCACGGAAUAGUACUGCACGAACUUGGACAUGCUUUGGGGUUUUGGCAUGAACAGAGCCGACCAGAUCGCGAUGGUAAGUUUGUAAAACAACUGUACAAUCCUCUUGCUAGUUGUCACGAUUAUUCUGCAGAAUAUUAGUAUACCACGCAAUUUUUUAGAGUUGCGUCAUAAUCAUCAGAUCUGCGUUAAACAUAAGACAUCAUGUUGUAUCUAGUACGGCAUCCAUAAGCAGAAAAAGGAGGCAGAUACAAUACACAGAUAUUUUGGCAGAUUUUGGAUGCACUAACGCCUUCUCUUACUGCGUGGGUUCGAACCCUACCAAGGCGCCGAGUUUUUAACAGUUGGGUCAAUAUGAAUUAUUCAAAAUCUGCCAAAAUAUCUAUGAAUUGCGUGAGCCUGGUAGUCAUCUGGUGGAUUUUAGGUGAAUUACUUAGGAAAUAUUGCUUGGGCAGUCAACUUACUAUACCCGAUUUCGUGGAUUCCAGACAUUGCAGUAGGUUGGAGUGAGGGGGGUAACUUGACCCAAAUGUGACUAGACUCAAGUCGUCCGGCGGGGUCUCGUAACUCAAGUGGUUAGAGUGUUAGCUGUACUAAAGUCUUCUCCUUACUGUGUGGGUUCGAAUCUCACCGAGGCGCCGAUGAUUUCAAAUAGUAAAUCACGCUAUUUAAUUCCAGUCAUGAUCGAUAAGAUAAACCAGUAAAAAUUGGUUUAAAAUGUAUGUGUAUUUUUGCAGCAAAUCGGCUAUUUAUUUUUCUUGUCUUUUUGUCCAAUACCAGCGUACGUAGAAAUUUUUAAAGAGAGGAUUACGCCCAGUUGGUUUUACAACUUCCAACGAAUGGAUGAUAACGAGGUAGAUUCGCUGGGCGAACCUUAUGACUACGAGUCAAUUAUGCACUACCCGACUGGCGCCUUUGCCAAAGCUGGAGAAUAUGAAACGAUGAGGCCUACUCAAUGCUGUCCACGCCCGCCUAUUGGUCAGCGAACAAAACUCAGCCCGGGUGACAUUAGACAGGCGAACAUGCUCUACAGAUGUCCUUGUGAGUCUUGUACUUUGCUCGUCUCAAUUGCCAGGGCCUCUUUAUGGUAAAUUCACUCUUCAUUAACCUCUGUCUUGUUAGUUUAAGGUUCGUAAGAUCGUGUGUUUUCGCACACGUGACUUGUAAGUAACCAUUAUACGUUAUUAACCAGCGUAUAGAAUCAGUGUUUCCCAAACUGCACAGCAAAAUAUCCCUUUCUGAUGGGAUGAAAAGUAUUCUGUUGAGGUUAACAGGUUUCAACAAUUACUCCAAACUCUAAAGUGUACGUGACAGAACAGAAAAGGAUUGCGAAACUUUGAAAGGGAGGAAAAUUUUGGGGAUAUCCGAAGCAUUUCCUGCAAUGCUCUUCUCUCACAGUUUUCAAAAGUUUUAAAGCACCGUUGAUCCUAUUAUCAUAUUGCAAACUGGCCUGGUUCUGUGUUUAGCAAAUGUCCUUGUUAAGACAUAAUUUUCUGCCCAGCAAAUAUUUGCCCAAAAAAAUCUAGGGAAGGGAGGAAAAUAUAAACUUUACUCGAAACGCAGCGACAAUGAUUUGGGGAAUGGGCACUUUGGGGAUUUUUCGGUAGAAUCGCGGUCUCCAUUCGAUAAUGAAAAAUAUAUAUCAUCCAAACAUUUAGCCAGAAACGUAAUUAUUGAAUUAAGUCCAGUUUGGUCAGUGAACUCUAGUGCUACUAUAAACAAGGAAAAUUAACAUCUUUUACCAUAAUUUCUUUACUUUGUUUGCAGUAUGCAUUAGUUUCGGGAAUGCGUUCCACAAAGCCUUUAUGCAUAUUUAUCCAAUCUUCAAUCAUUGUUUAAGUCCUGGCACGAGGUCAGACCGCAAACCAUUGUGAAAUGACGUCUUAAAAUGGGAUAUUACCGUUUGGUUAUUCAUUCGGUUAUUUUGGUUUUAUUGAAACAUUGCUUUCCUAUAAUACAUUUAAAUAAGGCAAAGGCAACCACGCAUGCAGAAAUUACUGGCGUCAUAAAUUUCGAGACCUCUCAUUCAGCUGCACACGGUCAUUGCACAGUUAUAUGACGAGGCAAACGGUUCGAUGAGCGAUCGACCUAGAGAGAUAAAACAUGAUAGGUAACAUGACAGAUGAGUCUAGUAUGUUGGUGCGCUUGGCGAGGGCGAUGGGGAGAGAAGUCAUCUAAGCAUGCGAGUUAGGAUUACAGUGAGAACAUAUCCCGCGUGAUUAAAAGUGCAACGCGCGGGCAGCAUUCACUUAUGCCUUGGAGGGGGAGGGUGGAGGCGAAAUGAGAGGGCGUAUGUGGGAACAGGGCUUCGUCCCUAAUCGAUCCUAACCAUGGUAGUGCCAGGUUUAUAACGUGGUCCAACUGCUUACAGAGUUCUAGUUUCCUCCUCCGCAUUACAGUGGCCUCUGCAAAGCGCAAGAGACGCCCGGCCGUCUCUCGAAACAGGACCAUGAAUGCAACCAUCGGAAAGGAGAAUACAUGCACAUACACGAGUUGUACUCGAGUACAAAUCGCUUUUUUGAAGAGCCUCUUCUUUAUUAUAUCGGCUCAGAAUGCAUAGCACCUCUUAUCUACAUAUGUAUAUAUAUAUUGUGCUUACUCUCCCCCGAAGAAGACAAAUAAGAGGAGGCUAUUUGAUGGACCAGGUUGAAUUCAUACGGAGGUUUCGGAAAGUUUCUCGUUUCCACCACAUGUGUUACUCGCUGGUUUUUCUUGCUGACCUUGAUUUGUUCUGCCUUUCCGCCCACCUAGUACUAUAGCCAUGCUCAACGCACGUACGUUGGCUAGCCUGUUUGCUGUUGGCUGGUUCUGACCUGUCUGACUUCGCCCAUUGGUGGACUUGCGUGGCUUGCAUCCCUUCGCGACUGUCGAGGUUGCCGUUAAGUCAGUGUGUCCUUUGGCCGCCACCUCGUCAGGCGAUGGACUGGUCAAAUAUUGCUGCACAAGCGUGGUGUUUUCGGUCUCGCGGGCACAUCCAUAAGAUACUGCCACGCCUAUCACACAACUUUCGGUCGGCGCCUUCCCUGUUCUCCGCGAGCGUCGCAUCAGUCUGACCAUCUUAUCAUCGACUGCACUGAUAACUCCCGCCUUUUCUAAGGCGCAACCGCGAUUCUGCUGUUGUGUGAGGUCAUAGACCAGCGACAGCCUAUCCUUGCGGUUGAUUACGAGCUGGUGCUCGUAGAACCCUGUGCCAACGCGUUUGCCCGUCUCACCAACAUACCACGCGACACAAUCUUGGCAUGGUACACUGUAGACGACCGCAAAUUGUUCUGUUGAUGGCAGGAGGUCUUUGGGCCUCAUAAUUUCCUGUCUGAUUAUGAAUACCGGUUUGUGAGUCACAUAAAUCCCAAAAGGUUUCAGAAUUCUUUACGCCGCCUCUGAAACGUUCCCUACCUAGGGGGUCGGAAGCCAAAACCUUGAAUUCUUCUCGAUCGAUCGCACAAAUUGGUCACUGUCAUGAAAUUAGAUUUGAAAGUCUCAAAUGUAUUUAACAUUGAGCAACGUGCGACAAGAAAGGUUCUAUCACAUAAGUGUAAGAAAGAACGUUUUUGCGCAUGUCAUAUAUAAAAUACGUGUGUCUUAUUCAGGCGUCGAAGGCCGUUAGAAAAAAAUUUUUAGGACACAAGUAGAUAACCCUUUGCUGAGUUCGGUCUCGGCAGGGGGCCAAGAGGAGGUGCAUUCAAAAAUCAGCAUUCCGGCGGAACUGAAAUAUCAUGGAUUUGUGUUGCACGAUAAACGAUAUUUUAAUUCUUCCUAAUUGAAAGCACUUGGGGAUUUUGGCUAAUAAUUCACCCGAUCGGUCGCUGGCUGGAUAUGUUCUUCGAGAAAUUUAACCAAAAUUAAUUUCAAAAUUUUUAAUAGUGCCUCCCCAGUUCGUCGUCAGACGCGCAGCAAAUGUUUGAGUUCGUAAAAACUUUAAACCUGCCCGACUGAUCGAUAAUGCUUCGUCAUUCUAGUCAAUAAGGCACUGGCGUUUGCUGAAACAUUGUUCGAAUUGAAUCUCUUCCUUUCCAGCUUUACUUCAGAUUAUUGUACAUGGAGUCUAAUUCGAUCCGUUGAUCGAUACAUUACCCGCAACCAUGUUUGGUUUAGAAUAUGUCCCGACCUUUUUAGAUGAACAAACACAAACAAUGCGAGUUUUGCUCCAAGCGAGCUUGGAAGCGAGAAUGGCAAUUUCUGUCCUAUCAAAAGUUGCUAGACAUCCAUUUGGACUUAAACUUUAGAGGACCUGAAGUUCGGGAAAUGAUAUUACUCAGAAAUAUCGCCAAUGCCCCCGCCUAUUGAUCUGUUUAGACAUGUAUAAGUAGUGUACUUGCACCGGACGAUUUUCGCAGUCAGAUAAUUUCAGUCAAUCAGACACGUAUAACUGCCAUUAUUAUUUUCUAAGCCUGUGGACGAACGCUGCUAGAAGUUUCCGGCACCUUUGGGUCUCCUCAUGCGGAGACAACCCGGCAGACAGCAGACGCCAGCGGCAGACAACAAGGAUCCGAACUUCCAGCCCAGCAAAUCGACGAAACUCAAAAAUCAGAAAAGGCCGUUUUUGAAGGUGCUGGAAAAAGUCAAGGGCUGUCAUCUAUAAAUAAACUUCCUUCCCAACGACAGUCCGAUUUGGCCAGCUCCGAUUCUGCUGCUACAGAUCCCGUGUCCUGUCAGUGGAGAAUUGCAGCUACCAGAGAGGAGCGCAUCCGCCUAGAGUUCACGCAUAUGGGCAUGGUUUCGCCGGCAAGCAACUCACAGAGAAAUAACAACGGACCAAAUACUGCUUCAGACGACCGUGAUUGCAUCGAAGAGUACGUUGAAGUCAGGGAUGGCUAUCAUUCUGGGUCACCUCUGAUGGGUAGGUCGUAAGGUCACCUUAUAUAUAUACGACUAAUUUCACUUGUUCUCCAAGUUAUUCUACCUCCAGUUGUCUAUUUGUGAAAAGUAUCUGUAAACGGCGUUUUAAAUUCUUGAAAGUUUAUUUAGCGUGGUUCUCCAGACAACGCUUGUCAAAGUUUUAGAGCUAUGUGAAUUCUUGUUUUUUUUGCCCCCAAAUGUCUUCUGAAAUGAAUCCUUCCUUUAAAGAAACCACAAAUGAAGUUGGUGUUUUAUCACUCGAGUUCUCUGUAUGCUUAAAAUGGACGACAACCAACAGUGGGUCAAAACAAUUUGAAAUCUUCGAACAUGUUUGAGUUGUACAAGUAUGUAAAUGCAUAAACAGAACCCAAUGAGUCUCCAAGAGUUUGUUCAAUUUUUUGCCUAGUAGAUGGACAAAGCCUAUGGUUCAGUAAAGCUACGGUAAAGCUACUUCAAAACACUGAAUGCGGGAUGCAUACGUUUGCAUGAAAAAGGUGAUUGUCGAGUCUUUGAAGUUGCGAUGUGAAUUAUAAUUACGAUAUAUUCGAGUGUUGUUACUUAAUUUUUGUUAUGUAUUCUAUACCACAGGUCGUUAUUGUGGAACAAACCUUCCACAAACUCUGUUUUCAUCAGGCCCGAGGAUGCUGAUUGAGUAUGCGCGAUCCGCAGGUCAACAAAGCACUGGAUUCGCCGCAAAAUACACUGGUAAGCACACAUUAAACACGCUUAUUUAGCACAAAAGUAUGUGGCUGCACUGAUUGGCAGUGAAAGAUAAAAGUUGCUAAAGCAGUAUAGACAACGUUUUUUUAAAGAUCAUCCGACAUAGGUGGGGUGCUCGGACGGAGCACGUCCAUUCUUUUAGGUCUUUCUGUAAGGGAAGUCGAUCUCAAUCCUCAGUGAGUAAAAUGAAUUUAGCGACUAAGGAAGAGAAAAUUGAGGGAUGUAACUCAAUUGGAAACGAGUGCGUUGGUCACAGGUCUCUGUUGCAAUAAAGGCUGAGUCAGUAGAACAACAGGUUUAUUCGUCUGAGCGUUCGUACUCACACAGGAGCUCGUACAGGGCUCCUGUACACCCAAAGUGAUCAACAUAUUGUUAGUGUCUCUGACCUCAUUUUCUUUGCAAUUCAGUCCUCCCAGCAAGCCUAUACUCAUCCACUAUAUCAUCGCCGGACAUAGACCAUCAAAAUUGAAUAUAAAAUAAUCCUGACCGCUGGGACAAGAGCUGGCCGCUGGGACAAGAGCUUUAUUAGCCUGACGUUUCGGAUUCCUACUCGAACCCAUCAUCAAAGACAAAAGCAGGUACGGGUCUCUAAUGAUGGGUUCGAGCAGGAUUCCGAAACGUCAGGCUAAUAAAGCACUUGUCUCCUUCUUCAAGACUGCUUCCUGGGACUGGUCUCUUACUCUUAUAUUGACAAUCUUUAUCGCAUGGGUUUUCGAGACUGGUUCCUCAGCUCUUCGUCAGAUGAUGUACAAAGACUGUCAGAUAUUCAAUCGUGUAGAACAAUUGAUUCUGUGGUUGGCCGAAGUCUGCGCUAAUACGUUAUGAUGGUAUUUCGUCAUCCCCUAGGCAAUGGCCGCGAUCGCUUCCAUUCGUCCCCGAGAAAUGUGUAUGUGGUAUCUAAUACGAUAUGCCGACUGAUGCAUGCACCUUAUGAGUGCAUUGCUCCCAGGCGCCAACAAUGCGAAUUUUCCACAUGCAAAUUUGUGUUUAUUGUACAGUGUCUGCAUAGCCAUCUGGGAUAGAUGAUCUCGUCCCCUCACCGCUAACUGAUGCUCAGGUAUAGGGGUUGAGGCAGACAGGACAACGAGCACGUGGUCCAGCGGUUAGAGGGGUUGGGCUUAUAACUAACAAGUCAGAGGAUCAGACCCCAAGUGUUCCAAACUUCGAGCCUGUGUAUAAUUGGCUGACGACCGCUAAUAAGCCAGAAAGAACCAUUCCAGCCUCCCUUUAUCUUUGCGUGUGUGUAAAUCAAGCGAAAAAUUUCAGAAAUUAUUCAGUACAGGACCUGUAGCUUAGUUUCCGGGACAUGACUUUUUAGGGGCAGACUCGAAAUUUCAAUGAACAUUUGGGUCAGAGACAACCAGCUACUGUGAUAUAACCACGUAGUGCCUAUUCUAAAAUAAAAGGUAAUACUACGAGUAUUAUGAAAUGUAUAUGGAAAACGUAUUAUAUCAUACUCUCGGUACUAACUAAGAGCGCAGGCACGUGUAUCGUCGAUAUUCUGUCGCUGCGUGAAUUAGCUGCGAGGGGUUCGGGUCCUCAUUGGGUUUCCCUGCAUUCCCUUUGCGGUUUCGGGUAUAUAUGUAUAUUUUGCAUAGCUGGGACCAAUGAGCCUACUCUUCCAAAGAAGGCAUAAGGCGGGUGGCUUACGGACCGAAUUGCAUUACACUGGCAUCUCUUAAAUUCUCACAUUUCCACUAUCAGAGUGGAGAGUUACCCGUUGUCCCCGACCUCGUCAUAUUAUGCAGUGCUUGUUUCUUAUUUAUAAUCCCGCUGCGAUCGACCGCUGGUGGGCUUCCGUAAGCAAUUCCCCUUCGUGACCAGCACAGCUGAAGCAAGCUUACCGUUCCUGUUGGUAUCUUUAAUCAAUUUCGCAACGGGUCUUUGGGUUUCUAAUCUUAUUGUCUUAUUAUAAAUUCCGGCUACUUAGUUACAGAAAUCUUGAAAAAGUUUCGGGAUUUGAUUUUUUAUUUGGAACCACUAUAGAUAAGCAAUUUUGGAGUGAAACUUUGAUUUCAAAUCGUGCGUCCGUCUGCGUCUGAAAAAAGUUAAAUUUGGUUUGAUUUAAAAACAAUGCACAGCUAUGUUCCCUCCGCCAUUCUGUCUUCGUCAUUUGUGGUGUUUUUUGUACAGGGGGCUCGGAUGUAACAAAUUAUGCGACAAUCAGUGAGAUGAUAUUUGACCUAGAGAAUUCGAUUGUCGCUGUCCUACAACAGAUUGCAGUAUUAAUCGUGCCUUUCAUAAUGUUCGUCAAGUAUGGAUUAAGAAAACACAGCCAAUUGUGGUUGGAGAAGGUUGAAUUCAGCUUACCCUUAAAUGAUAUGCGUUUUAUUUAUGGAGCAUCAUUCUACAGUUACCUGCAAAAUGACUCAAUUCACAGAGAAUAAAAUGGGUACGAAAACAGAUAACAUUAGGAGAUCACAAGCGAUAAAUGCCGAAAACUGCACCUGUCGACAUCAUGAGGAAUAGCCGGUGAAUAUGCCAUAAAAUGUCUGCCGGAUUUUACGUCCUCUAGAAGGUUGCUAGCGUACUGUGCCAAUGACCUCACUAUUGUAAUUCCGAUAAACAAAAAAGGGGAAAAAUCAGUGUAUAGUGCGUAAAAUAGGCCAACGGAUGUACCUAUGAGAAAAUUCCCAUAUGACUGGAUAGCAAAAAAGGUUGCGGCUAAAGUUCAAAAGUCAGCCAGGAAGAGCCUUACAAACAAAUACAUGAGAGGCUUAGGUGAAAUUUUUGACUCUUUAGCCGUCAUUUGCCAGGCAUACCCAAUCCCGAGGUGAACAACCCCUGGGACUCAAUCCCGCAACAUGUUAGUUAGCAAUCUAACGUCCUAACCAUCCGCUAUGUUUACUGUCAGUUGAAACUUUAAAAACAAAAAUAAGCUUGUAGUUUUACUUAUUUAUUUUUGUAUAUUAGUGAUUUGCGGUGGUUAUCUAAGGGCGGAAGAAGGUACGUUUAACAGCCCCGGUUACCCGGAUGUCUACUUGCCAAAUAGGGAGUGCACUUGGGUGAUUGAAGUUCCCGCCGGAUUCUCCGUUGCCCUCAUAUUUGACAAUUUUGAAGUAAGUACAAAUCUGUCCACUUUAAUGACUUCUCUUAAUUGUGGAAACAAUUAGUCAUGAUGAAACAGACUGGUGGAUAUAUGUUCUGCACAUUUUCUCCAACUAGAAAAGUUUUAAGGGAAAGCUAGGCAGCUUGGAAGUUAGAUUGCGUUCUCAGUUAAUGUAAAGGCUCCAAUAAUACCUGCGAUUUCUUUGCUGUCAAGCUGUGAUACAUAUACUGUGCUCUAAAGAAAUUCAAAGGGUAGCCUUGCUGAUGGUUACGUCACGUGAUGUGAUAAUUAUCAUGCGUGUUGAGGUUACAUAAAACAAAGGGACAUGCCAUGCAAGAUCGGCAUUCACAGCUUUGAUUAAGGAAAUGAGAGGUCCUUAGGUUUGUGUAAGAAGUCGGGAUACCUAAAAGCAAGACGGCUCGAAAAAAUUCCCAGCUGACAAGCAGGCAGGCCGAUUUGGGGUCCAACUUUGUAUUUGUGCGUCAACGCUCGCACGGGUUCAGGUAGCCCAGCUUCCGCCAUUAGGACGCAAAACGAUUCAACCGGCGUAAUUAAUGCGAGAUGCCGAUCAUACGUCCUUAAAAAUCUAUGAUCAACCGAAAACUAUGCGACAAUCACGUGGUUACUUCUCCCCUGAACGCAGUAGGCGAAAUUGUCGUCCACACUCUUCUCAGGCGUCUGAAGCUUCGUUUGGUAAAACGUCACGCAUUGAAGGCCAUACUGCACACCUCGUUAGUAUGUUUAACAAUGAACAUCUAUACAUUCACCAAUGAUGGAAUAUGGGAGCUUAUGCUGAUAUAUGUCUGUGCAUAACUCACUGCACAGAUGAUAUUACGGAAUUAUGGCACGCGCCACAGAUAAUAUGGCAGUAUCGAAAGUAUUGGCAGUCGUAUGAGGACAUAGUGAUGUCUGGGGGAAGAGCAUUCCAAGCUUCAACUAUUCUGUUGGAGAAGGUGGACUUCCGUGUAUCCAGCCCGGCGCUAAUCACAUGUGGUUUAGGGGAUGACCGCGGAGGUUCGUUUCGGUUGCUGAACAAAAGAAGUCUCCAGGUCGAAGAGAGCAGUCCUGACCACUCAUGAUACGGAAUGUGUGUAUCAGGUCGCCUCUUUGCUGUCUUAAAAAGAUGAGAUAAGCGUGUUUCGGUUGGAAGUAAGCCUUCUCCACUAAAAAGACUUGGUUCGCGCCCAUUAGCAUUUUUUAUAAUGUCAUGGUCAAUAGCUGUCCACAGUUUCCAUGCUGGGAUAGGAAAACCCAACUGUGGCUGCACAAACGCCUGAAAACUCUAGCGAUGCAGUCUUCGUCGAAGGCGGAAAGAGUCCGGUUGACAAUGCCAACAUGAGACUUGGAUACCUUUCAGCAGUACAGCGAUUGGUAAAGUGAAGUCGUGAUCUACACACUCAGGCCCUUACGAGCGUCUACUUCAUCUAAGGUGGUAAACGUGGGCUCCACUGACUCUGAGAAUGCUGCACUUAGUCACAUUAGACGGCGGAAUUCGGUCCUGCGACCAUUUCUCGGGCAGUUCCAGGUUUGCCCACAACUGUUCUUCGUCAAAUUCAGCACGAAUGUUCUCCAAAGUACGGCGAUACGAUAAUCAAGUUCACUGACGCAGUGGUUGACGUAAGACCAAGAACGGAGUCUUGAGGAACAUCUUUUUCAACCGCCUGUCACCGGCUGAGUUUGUAAAGAAGUUGCUGAUAUGGUAACUAUUGAUUUCUUUCGUAAAGUUGAUGCGGACUGCGUGCGAAAAAGUACAGGCGGCGGUUUUGUGCACUUGCUCCCACCAUAUUCAACCUCAUGUUGUCCAUCACAAUGAUCAACACCUGCAAUAAGAAGCCAGCGGGAAUCUACAUUGCCCCAGUGCACUUACUGUAAACUUAUCGACCUCUAAAACUCAUAACCAAUCACAUGAUAGGAACAAAAACCUGGGACUCACAUUCGUGAACCUCAUGAGUCGCCGCGGCUAGUGUUCCUGAUCCGUUCGCAGACGACUGUGCGACAAAAGCGAUCAUGCAGCUGUCUGUUACGAGCUGCGAGAACUUCGGACAGUGUCAUUUUAUGUGCACAGUGUAUCAAGGAUCCGGGUGGAUGAAGCUUAACUCUGUUGACAUAAGUGCCUAUCUGGAACGUAAAAUUGCAAGGAAUAUUAAGACAGACGAUGACAAACAACACCGGAUUUCCAAAGUCAAAAAGUUCUUCCGUCGAGCUCAGCACUCUGUUGGGAAGCACUGCAAACCCUACACGCACACAAAACCGGAGGUGUAUCAGGCCGGCAUGCUGACAACGUUUCCGUAUUGUUUAAAGUCAUGAACUGUGUAUUAAAGGGGGAUGGGAAAAUGUAAUCAUUUUUACUUCAGUUGCAUCUGCUGAAUGCGAAAGUCGAGCUGGCAAGACGGUCCCCCCGACAUGUAGAUCCUGGAAACAGUCGUCUUUCUCAAUAACCAUGUCACGCAGAUGAUGAUGGAAGUGCGCUAAUGCGGACACGACGACACAUAAACGCACUUCUAUCUGCAUCAUCAUGGAUGGCAAGCGCUCACCUACGUGACUAAUCUCUUGUGUCUGUUUAUUUGCCCUUAGACCUUAGGACAUCGCCUGGUUUUGCCGACAAAUAUACCCUCUGCUAUACACGCACCUAAUCCCAGCAGUGUCCUUACGUGAAGAAAUUUCGUAUGAAAUAUAAUGCACGUCUCAUUUGAGAGGGAGGCAUGCCCUACAAUGUUACCCUGUGUAUUUAACGGGAACCAGUUGAAGUACAGCACGCGUUGACCAAGAGCUUCCCUUUGCUAACAACUGAGUCCAACGCCAUCACGAAUUACUUGACAGGCUAAAAUGGCAUGGUUAGUGCAUAGGGUAGACAAGAGAGAACGAGACCAGCAUUAGACAAUCAACCUGGGAUACGCAUAGGCUUAUCCGGUCACAUGCAUUUCCAUCACAAUCUCCGCUAAUACAACAUAACCACGACCACAUACAACACCUCAUUCCGCCUUCCAAGUCGUCGACUACGCAGGCAAACUUACCACUUUCACGUUCACAAGAAAGUCAUUUAAGAAUACGUUGCACCUCUUUCCUGGUACAUAAGUGCGAUUGACUUUGCCAGCACCUAUAUGAAGGGCAAUAUGACGCAUAGACGAAUAUGUACACUUCCAUUUCGUCAGAAGCCUACGAUCAGAUGAAGCCCGAUGCCCGAAAAACGGCCCAGAUUGUGUGAGACACUUGUGACCUAGUUGUUUUUCUUUCGCGUACCAGUAGGAUGCCUAGUAUAUCCAUUACGAUGCCUGUUCGCCCAAAUCAUCCUUUUCCGCCAAACCCUCGCCUAUAAUGGUAGCUUCGGGCGAAGAAUUCACUAACCUAUUCACAGGUCGUACCGUGUGAUAUCCAUCUCUGAACACUUAGGGAGACGAUUGUGAAUGCGUUAAGUGGUUUAUUUACUCUGGGGGAAACAGAAGUUGCAUUUGCGACCAUAAUUCUCGGAACACUGCUGACAUACAACCUGAGAAUGACUCAUGGAAAAAUAUAGAUGAUCCUUAAUGAUCAUACGGCAUAUACGCGUUAUUUUCGUAUUUUGCAUUCUGUAGCUUGAGGAAGAUCCAGACUGCUCAUUCGACCGUUUAGAAGUAUAUGAUAGUUCCUCUGUGUCGUCAACAAUACUGCGCCGCCUCUGCGGCACUGACAUACCAGAACCGAUAUUGUCGACGAGUAACACGAUGACCUUGACAUUCAGAACAAACGAAAAGGAAGAAAGACAAGGUUUUGCCGCAAGGUUCGCGAAGGGUAAGUGCCUCAAAAUUCACCUAUGAUGCAAUGCAAUUAACCUGUGGAGGUAAAAGUUGUGCAGAACUGGCGAGUUUUGAAUGUUGCGCAUUUCAAGAUUGCCAUGUACAUAAGAAAAUUUUAACUAAUUUAGCUAAUUUGAUCCAUUUUGAGACCGUCUUAUUGUAAUUCAUACAGAGCGUUUGGUCACGUGUUAUUUGACUGACCAAGCAGCUGGAAAUUAGAUCUUGUUAACAUCUGUUCUUAAUGCUGUGUGAAUGUUUUGCUUAUAACGAAUAUUAAACCAUAAUCUUCCUUCUAAUUCACUGCUUAAUCAAAUGAAAAUAUGUCGAUGAAUGCUAGGACUCCAACGACAACUGUGUUUAUAACUUUUCGACAAGAACUGUUCUUUAAAUUUGCACAUAAACUGAUAAUGGUUGUGCUUAAUGCAUUUAUCCUAUGACCAGGAAGACGUCUGCGGAAAGUUUAUGGAUUCAUUACUUGGCAGAUAACAAUGAACAUAUUAUUUAUUAAUCCUUUGUAAAAAUAAGAGCGAAGAGAACCUUAGUGUGGGAGAGAAUAGACAAAAUAACCCUGAAAUUAUCUCAUAGGGCAAGGUUGAGGAAUCCAAUUUACCAGGUCCCUAUGACGGUCCUUAGUCAUCCAAAACAUUUUAGAGUAUGGCGACACAAACCUCCGACUACGCGUAAGAAUGACUUUGACAAACGUCAGUGGGAAACCGGCCGCUGAAGCAAAGGCACACGAGAUAGGUGGAAAUCAGAGAUUUGCGGAUGGAAACAACACAAGUUGACAUAUCACAGUCUCAUCAAAUAACGGUCGCAAAUAAAUCAAGGAAGCUGUGUUUAUUGCCAGAGCAAAUCAAACGCUAAGUAACUGUACAAACCAGUGAGCUAGACCUCGACGAUAGCAGCAAGACGUUCUUAUACUCAAUAGCACUAGUCCCCAUUCUGUAAUAUAACCGCUCAAACAAUGUAGGGAUCAGGGGAAAAGCAAGAUCGCAAUUUGAAUAAUGGGGCGCAAUAUUUUCUACUAAUUUAGCGUAAGUAAUUAUUAACAUGAAAUAGUACACAUGCUCCCGUCAGUCGCAUUUUGAGGCUGCAAUAAUGGUGCAGUAAUGAAACACUAACUAAAAAUAAUAUUUUCCUGACUCAGGUUUGCAUAAUGUCGGCAAUUCCCAACUAGGUCUUACGGUACACUAACAGAAAGUUAUCUUCAAUGCCCAACAACAAAUAACUUUUUUUAAAAAGGAGUCAUGAUUGUCACCUAUUCUACUGAAUUUAUAUGCAUGCAUAAAAAACUCGCUGGUCAUGAGAUUUUUCAUCUUCUAAGCUCCCCUUGCCAAAUUGGACAGUUGCACAACCACGGAUCAUGGUUGUGAACAAAUCUGUGUGAACAUUCCCGGAGGUUUCAAAUGUCAAUGCGCUGAGGGCCAGAAGCUACUUCCAGACGGAAAGACAUGCACAAGUAAUAUGAAUUUUCUUAUCUCCAUUGUGACUGGCCUGGUUUAAUUGCUUGUCAGCCCUUUAAUGACGUGCCUCUCUGAUAUCCAAGGAACAGAAAUUUAGCCUUAUCCAACAAGAAACCUAUUUCCGGGAACCAUCUUCCCAUGUAUCUUGUCAAUAAUUCCUGUGUUAUCUCAAUCUGAACAUAACAGAGGACCAGUGUCGGGUAUAAUGCUCAAGUGCCAAGUAAACAACGGGGUUAGGCAGUUUGAACAUAUCGAACAAAUGAAAGUAGCGUAGUAGACAUCUGAUAAUUUGCGAUUUGUCUUUCAAAUGACACAAAAGCAAGCAUAAAUAGCAAAUCCAUAAGCGUACAAAAUGGUAAUUUCACUGAUGCAUUUCUUUCUAAUAGUUGACUGCGGUGGCCACUUGAAAGCGAACCAAGGUACCAUUAGCAGCCCCGGUUAUCCGAGGGAAUACCCGCCAAACGCCAAAUGCACCUGGUUGAUCGAAGUUCCCACUGGAUUCUCAGUUGUCCUCACAUUCGACAGUUUUGAAGUGAGUCCCAAUUGGCAUUUAAAUUCUGGCCUAAUUGCGAAAACAGGACGACGUUUGUACAAGUAUUGUUCAGAAUGUCAUUGCGUUCAACACGCGUUGACCGCAUUAAAUGGCGCAACGUGCAAAUGCUUUUAUCUGUGCUGUUACCGUUCCAAAGCCAUAUUUACUUUAUACUAUCCGAUGUUCUUGAGUUCUACGGUGUUCCCCGAUGAGCUCAAGCGUCCGCUGAAGGUGCCAUCUAGUUAGCAUAGUUGGAAGCGUUGUUGGCGCUGAUCGAAUUUGAUUUUCAUCAUGCCAUGUUGUGUAUGAGUACCGCAACGAUGUCUAGACAAGAUCUUAUCAUGUAAGCUCAGACGGAAAGGCUAUAAUCUGCAGAGAGUAAUGAUCCCUUUUUUACUUUGUGUAUCAUAGCUCGGGGGGCAGUUGGACUGCAUUAGUGAUUACGUAGAAAUACGCAAUGGACCUUCGGAAUCUUCUCACCUGCUGCGUAAGAUCUGCGGAACGGACGUGCCAUUACCCAUCAGGUCGACGCGGAACACAAUGACCCUUCGUUUUGUCACGGACAAUUCCAUUCCUAGAAAGGGCUUCAGAGCAAGGUUUGAGAGAGGUAAGUUUAAACAACAUGCACAAGCAAUAAAUUACAUCGCAUAUAUGUUCCUUGGCCAUUAAGACGAGGUAUUUAGGCAGGAUUUGCAAUGUUUCAGUAUACCAAAUUUCAAAACGACAUCCACGUGGUUACUCCUAGGUUUUCCCAUGGGUCAAUCACAUUUUUGGCCAGAGAUCCUCGAAAACAUUCGAUAGUCACUUGAUAUAUGGAUGAAAUCGUCUUCACCUAAUCUCAUUACAAUAUGCAAAAAUUAUGCAUUUAUAUUUCUAAGACGUCAGCAGCGACAGCGUUUUUAGGCUUUACCAACAGAUGUAGUUAUAUGAGUUUGAACAUGACCAGCUAUUAGGGGGCGCAACCGUUGUUGUGUGAUUGGCAGGAUUAAGUCCAGUUGCGCGACGCUUAUUUCCUCAUCCUCAGCUACGUGAACAGGGCUUUCGCGUGAAGAUGCUGAGACAUAUUACUGUUGCGAUUUUUUGCUGAAAGUGCGGACAAAAUGGGAUUCCAGCAGCAAUUUUGACAGUCCUUUUAUCAGCCAAAAAAUUUCUAAUUAUUGUCGUUAAAAUGCCUGCAAGAUGAGUUUUGUGCAUACGUACUGACAAGCAUCUGAUGUACGCAGUGGUGUAUGUUUAAGCCAAUCAAACGCUGGCAUUUCCUCACAGAGGAGUGCGCAAGUUUUCGUGAAUGACUGUGAACUAUCAUUAAAAGCAAAGCCGUGUUGUCAUUAACAUGCCUUUUUUCCAUCAAAAGUGGCAGGAAUACGUUGAAUUGUAACAGUUCACUCUGAAUAUUCGAUAUUGAUAUUUUCUUCUUAUUUAUCAUAUGUAUUCAGUAACAUAUAGUAAUGAGAGUCUUAGCGUCAACAGUCUUUUGCGAAAGGCAGGAUGAAAAGAAGAAGUUCAAGGCCAGAUUUACGAUUUAUAGAACUGCAAUAAGUUUUUAAAUCCCGUGCCUUAAAUAAAACAAUCUUAUUUUCCAACUUUGUUUGGUGAAGUCACGUCUUCAGACUUAUUCGGUUUAAUAAACUGGGAUAAAUGUUAACCUGGGAUUAGUUAAUCAGAAUGGAUCCUUGUAGGCUACGACCAAAAGUGCACAUAAAUAUUACACACGACGACAAUGAGCUUGACUGGGAUGACAGCUUUAUAUACGUCAGCGGAAAACAUCAAACGAGAAAUAAGUCCUAGUAUAUAACUUACUAGUCUAAUCCAAUAGGUAUUAUUUAAAACCCGAAAGAAAAUUAAACGUCGUGGUACCGGCUAAACAUGUGUGUCAGCUAUAAAUAGCACAUGCGCUGCCAAUGCGUGUAGUAAUGCAGCAGUAGAAUGGCAAAAUGGACUUGCUGAUUGUGAGAUAUUUUAUCUUUCUAGCUGUUCCUGUCAAAAUGGACAGUUGUGAAACCACGGAGCACGGUUGUGAACACAUCUGUGUCAACAUUCCUGAUAGUUACAGGUGUCAGUGCCAUGACAAGUACACUCUUCUUCCGGACGGAAAAACUUGCAGACGUGAGUUGAGGAUCUUUUCUUCACUUGCGACACGCAUUAUCUGUUAGCAUUUUAUCUAGUUCAUGAAAUAUGAUGACGUUAACUGGGGUAAUUAACUGUGGUCCACUAUAUUACUGAAAAAUUUAACUUAUUUGUUAAGCCUAUUCAAGAGAAAGCACCUACUGCAUGCCGAAUAUGUUUGCACAUAAGUUUAUAAAUGAAAAUGUCUGCAAAUUUGAACAGAAAUUAACGUUACCCCGUAGUCUGGCGGUUUCCUAUGUUUACAACUAUCCUACAUUAAGUUUGUACAUCUGCGCAUGUUAAUCUAUGAGCAGAGGUUGGUCUUAACUCAAGUUUGUCAAACGGAACUCGCCGCACGUUAAGUGUUAAUAAGAUUAUUAAUUUAAGGAAAUCAGGCGUUUUAUCGAGUUCAAAACGUCAGCGUGCAAAUAGGGACGCUUUUAUGCCGCAAAAUGCAGUAACACUUCUUCCAGAUAUCUUCCAGAUAUACUCCUAUCUAUUGUGAAUACUCAAUAACUUCUCACAAAAACAAUCUCCACAAACUGGCUAUGUUAAAGUUGAAACAUACGGUAUAAUGCUUAUAAUAAGAUAAAAUUUUGCAAUUAUGCCUAAUUCGUAAACAGUUUUUCCAAUAUCUUAGUAUAUAUGCAGUCACUGUGUCAUGAAUUCAAGAUCAUACAAAAGGGUCUAAAAUAAAUCAAAUACAUCGAAUAUGCGCCAAUAUAAAAUGACUUAUUUUAUUUGCAGCAGAAACUUUAUCAAUUAUUUUCAGGGAACUGGAAAAGCCGACUGAGUGUCCAACUUUUAAUCUUGACUAAACCUUAGAAAUAGGUGAGACACGAAAACCUCACUAAAAGACUUUUCAAAGGGAAAACUUAGGAGAGAAGAUUUUUAAAUUAAUCUAGUGCAUUUUCAUCACUGACUUUCAUUAUGGACGUUCAUUUUUCCAACUAUGAUGGAUUUUUGUACCAGUGGGUUUACAAACCUGAUAUAAAACGGCCUUCUGCAGCUAAUAAAUGUCAAAUAACUCACAAAUGUUAUCAAGGCUUUUCGAAAAUGUCAUAUAUCAAAGUAUUAAUAAAUAUAUCGGGCAAAAUAUAACUUUAUGGCAAUCGAUUAAAAAACCGAGUAUUAUGAACUGUUUAUUUCUGCUGCAAGCACAGUCUGAAAUUAUUCGUGCUCUAACCCGAAAAAUAAAAUAUAAAAAAAAAUUGUAAAAGGGGUUACUGUUACUAGCUAUUGACUGGCCUGUUAACCUUCUGCUCUAGAAAACUUUAAUUUUCUUAACAUAUAUUCGGCAACAUCCAGCAUAAAUCUUCUUGACAUGGUCAACCGCAUCUUAAAGGCGACGAUAAGGCGAAAAAUGUGCGUCAAAAUACUUUGGAAUUCAGGCCCACAAUGUCUGCUUAGACAAACGGCCAUAGAUAAAGUUACAUAUAUUCAUGAAGGGCAAUUACAUACAUAUUUAAAAAAGAAAAAUUUUUACGCGUUAUCUUACUUUUACCGAUUAACAUGAUUGGAUUGUUGCAAGUACAUAAUUUUUGGGCGAUUAGAAAUUUAAUAUUUCUCGGUUAAAACGAUUUUUGCCAUUUCGAAAUCUUCGGCUGUUCCCUAUAUUUUAUAGUUUUAAAACGAUGUGGUAUUUAACCUAACAUUUACUUCUAUUUUGAAUUUGCAUGGAGUUCUUGAUUAAGUGUCCAUAUUUCUAUCUAUUCUUAUAUAGGGCUUUGCGCGCAAUUAGCAAUCAUUCGUAAAUGUCAGCAUCUAACGUGUGAAAGUUCAAAUAGUGCAAUUAUUUGUCCACCCAACCGAUAUGCUUCACUGAAAUGUACUGACUAAAUUUGCACCACAGUCAGCAGCAGACCUAACCCCUUGCGUCAUCUUCCACUCCAUCUUGUUAAUAAUCAUUGUGCUAACGCAGCCUGGACCUAGCAAACGACCAGAAGCUUGUGCAAUCAUCGCUUUUCAGUUAAACAACGGGGUUAAACGACAUCGACAUAGGGAACUUAAUGAAAGGUCUCCUUGGUGAUGUUCCUUCAAAUUUGCAGCUGCUCAUUUUGGUUGGCAAACAAGUAAAAAAUUUUACAAUUAGUGACCUAGACCAUGAAAGAUGUCGGAAUUUUCGAACGAUCACUAAUCAGUCGGAAACCGACAACGAUGCGUAAACCCAAUAUCUACGUUAACAAAGAACAACUCUAAAGUGUUGAAAGCAUAAAUGCAAUCCUAAAUGAGGUGCUGCGUUUUUGGAUAUGCCACAUUUUUUCAGGAAAGUGCACAAUCCCGAAAAUGUUAAAAAUGGCUGUAAUUUAGUAAACUUCCUUUUCAGCUUUGUAGUUGUCAUCCCAAUGCAAACAAUUGAGUAAUGUGAAGUCACAAAUACAAUAACUUCCAAAAGUGUUGUCUUACGAAAGUUCACGUUUAAGUAUCCUUUAACACAUAGUGUAAUUUCAGGUAUGGCAAUUUGCCAAUAGCCUGCAUUAUAAGUAUAGAUUGCAGAAGUUUUUCGAGGAUUCUUGGCAUUCUUUACUCCUCUGAAUUGACUGAGAUGCAGGCCAGCAAAAGUAACCGGAUUCUCCUUACUUUCUUAAAUAGGAACGUCAUGGAAACAAAUGCCUUCUCAAGGUCGCAAGUUGCAAGGCUGAUCGGUCAUAUGUACAUUUAAAUAGAAUUGGCAGGUGUAAUCGUGAACAUACCAUUUUGUGUUUGUAUAGAAGGCUUUCCUUCCGUGAAAUUAAUUUAUGCUCUCUGUGUGUCAUGCGUUAUGUUGAGUUUCGGAUCGGCCCUGAAACAUCGUUAAAUACUUCAGGAUUUCCAGCACUUUCAUUUGAUCGCCAAUGAAGACAAACCCUAUAUUUUUGUCUGUGGAAAACAUCAAAAUAAGGUGCCUCUUGAAGUCAUUUACCGAACUAGCGAGUGUCUGGGCUUUAUUUUCCAUGCAGAAGAUCGUUUGAAUAACAUCAGAAAACUGACUUUAACAAUUCAGAGUGGCUAUAUAAAUACUGAUAUCUUGAUAAUUCGGCUAAUGUUUGCUCAUUCCAUUUGAUAAAUUAGGUAUGUUUAGAGCCACACCGCACCGAAACUAACGUUCCCGUAUGUUUAAAUCUGCAAAUGACUAUUCAGUGGUUAUCAGUUCUGCGACAUUGAGUAAAAUUUUCCAAACGGCGAAACCACUUCAGCCCAUUUAAACGAAAGUUUGCCUGUAUGCGUUAUAAUUGCACCUCGGGGCAUCAAAUCAGACCUGCUUAUAUAAUUUCUAAAAAUCAAUAAAACAUUGAUUCUCAUUACAUAACAAUUGUGCUAACAAGUUGGUUCCACGGUUAGCAUAGGACAAAAGACCAAUUUACAGACCCAACAAGUUUUAUUAAGUAAAACCCUCGGGAGUAAAGUACUCUUCUUCCAAACAAAAGACGCUUGGUUGCGGAACCGAGGUCUAGGACAGAUUUUAGCAAAGAACAUUGACGGGGAUAUCGGUUCGUCCAUUUUCUUUCAAAUGUUUGAACAUAUUGUUUGAUAGAAUUACGUGGACGCAUUUGUACAUAAGAAGGACAUUUCCUCGAUGAGGCUGGAUGGGCGAGAAAAAUGCGCAAAGUUUAAAACGUCCGAAAAGUCUCACAUCUGAUUCUGUCAUCAUGUUUCAGGGGAUAGGUCACGCAUUGUAAAUACUUGAUCCGUAAUGGCACAAAAAGCGUGACUUCACCAAUGCAUUUCCUUAUAACAGCUGCAUGCGGUGGUCAUUUGAUGACGGACGAAGGCACCCUUACCAGUCCUGGUUAUCCGAAUAAUUACCCCCCAAAUAUCAACUGCACUUGGGUGAUCGAAGUUCCCGUUGGAUUUUCAGUUGCCCUUACGCUUGAAAAUCUCUCAGUAAGUGCCGAUUUGCCUUUUGCAAGCGUUGCUUUGAUUGUGAUAAUUGUGCAAAUAUUUGACAAGAUUGACGGCAGCAACAGUUGUUUACAGUAAAUGCUGAAAUGAAAGAAAAUUGGUUAGUUGAUGCUACCCUGAUUAGUAUGUUGCGAAGCCGGAUGCUUUUUGCGUCCUCCAGUGAAGUCAAACAUCGGCUGUCAUUUAAUACUGGAGAUGCCAUCAGCCCAGGAUGUCUGCAAAUGUUUUUUUUAGCAUAGUUCACUGUUGGUUUCAUUAUUGCUUGCUGUGCAUGCAGACUGGUAAGCAGUUUAAAGAGAAUGCUGUAGUGCUGUCUAGGUGAUAAUGUGUCACAUGAAUUUGGAGUGAAAGUUUGUAAUCUGUGGACAUCGAUUGUUACAUCUUGACCUUGCAUUCCACAGAUCGAGGGGUAUGGAGACUGCCAGUAUGACUACGUUGAGGUGUUUGAUGGACCCUCGGCAUCUUCGCCCGUGUUGCGCAAGAUCUGCGGAAUCGACGUACCACCAACCAUACAGUCAAGACAUAACACGAUGGCUGUGCGUUUUGUCACCGAUGACGUCUACCAGGACAAGGGUUUUACGGCAAGAUUUGAAAAAAGUGAGUUCUUUUAAAACGCACAAGCAAUGGAUUCAGCCGUUAGGAUCCAGUGGUUGUGCAGGGUUUGCAAUGUCCGACUACGUCAGAGUCGCAUCCACGCAGUCAGCCCAAAUGAAUGUCACUUAUUCCAUAAAUACGAAAAUUAAAUAUUUUACACCUACGCUCGCAAUGAUUUGUGAGAAAUGUGCGUUUCCACUUUAAUACGUCAAAAGGGCCAUCUUUGAGGAUCUGUCAGCAAAUGGAGUUAUUUAUGUUCGAAAAUUAUCAGAAAUUAUCUGGCACGUCCGUUUUUACAUGAUUGACGGUUAUAUCUCCAGUAGCGUAGCUAAUGUUCUAAUCUGCUAGUUUUUGAGAAUAUCGUUGGCAUCUGAAUGUCACCAGUUCUUUUUUUCACUGUGUCUGGUCCUGCUUAAUUUUCUGUGAACACAUCUUCGAAGCUUUGCUGACGUAUAUGUCAACUAAAUGUUCAUUAAAUUACCUAGAAGUAAUCCUGACACUUGUUGAUGUUUUCCCUGUUAACCAACAAAAAGACUGCAAAUUACAUAAACAGGAACACUGUGAUUGCAUAUUUUCGCCUUAACUAUUCCUUCGGCUGGUAACCAAUAGGGAGAAUGGGGGUAUGUGUGUGGAGCUUUUUAUGUUACGUCUGCAAUAUGCAUAUGAACAUGUAGAAGGGAUCCCCUCUAUAGCUCUCGAAUAUUUAGGUUAAUUUGUUUCCAUAUUACAGCAAAUUGCGGAGGCUACUUAAGGGCGAAUGAAGGCACCUUUACCAGUCCUGGCUACCCGGUUGAAUAUCCGCCAAACAGCAAAUGCACCUGGCGGAUUGAAAUUCCAGUUGGCUUUUCUGUUAUCCUCAGUUUCGAGAGUUUCGAGGUAAGUUCCGAUGCGCUCUGCAGACACUAUUUCGGAUUUUAAUAAACAAGUGUGCGCGUGUUAACUCGUGGAAGCCGCGGUCUUAUUUGUUAUCUGACCAGAUGAAUCGCUCUACCAACCAAGAAGGGCCAUGCAUCAGCAACCAGCCAAAGCGGCCACAAGGUCUGUGAGCGUCUGCUAGGCCAUGAUCAGCAAACUGUGGCCCUUGCAGCCUGGUGUGUGCUGGCAGUACUCUGAAGCCUGGUUCUCUGCGCUUGCUCUCCCGAUUGGUAUACAGGUCAUGCGCAUGGCUGUCCAAUCAUUCGCGUCUUCCCUGUUGUCCUUGUUUGUCAAAAUCCUGUUCAAGUAUUUGUUGUGGACUAGGGGUUGUGAAGGGGAGUGACGGGCUGCGUCCUCCCGACUCUGGUAUUCUUGGCUCUGUCUUGACACUGGGUUCAGGUGGGGGAGAAGAGGGCACGGUAUACGCUGUAAAAAUCCACCAUCACAAUAAACUAAUUUGAACGCAAGUAAACGCGCCUGAUUCACCUUGCUUAGGGGAAUACGGUUGACAUCGUCGAAUACGUAGUCGAACUAUAAUGCGCGGAAGUUAAAGAUGCCAUCAGGACGGCAGAUCUGAAACCUUCCUUUGAUUGAGAUAAUUUUUUUAUAAAAUUCCACUUUGCUUAUGCUCGCCGGUAAACGAUUUAGCCAAGUUGCUACAUUAGCGAUCUGGUUAUGCCUCUUGUUAUGAAUACUAAUUUAAUAGCUAUGACCUGGUUCGACAAAAGAUAGCUCUUUUCGAUUUUUGCAUUCUUUAGGUGGAGGAGAAAUCGGACUGUGCCUACGAUCACCUAGAAAUAUAUGAUGGUCCUUCGGAUCAUUCACCUUCGCUACGUAGACUAUGUGGAAGUGAGAUACCAGCACCGGUAAUGUCGACAAAUAAUACGAUGACUGUGCGAUUCGUCUCAGAUCAUGAUUCUCAGGAACAGGGAUUCGCAGCACGAUUUAAGAUGGGUAAGUACUUCAAAAUUCACCAACGAUGAGGAGGCAGUUAUAGUGAGUUAGCGAAAUUCGGAUAUUACGCAUUUCAGAAUGUCAUCCACACCUCUCCAGAUCUCGGUCAAAAUACUUCAUUUAAAUGCUGUUUUCCUUAAUGCCUCUGGGCUUUUAAGUCCAGAGCCUAAAUAAAUUAAAUUAACUACGGUUUAAAAAAAGACAGUGUAGAAGUAUAAAUUUCGCUAUAGAUUGGAAUAAUUAUGUCUUUGCAUGUUACGGCACCAAGGAUGACCGUGUUUACGGUUUCACCGACGGGUAGAGCCCUUUAUUUUUGACCGAAAUCUGUCACUGAGUGUACAUUAGGUUGCUCAGUAAAGGACUGCCAUAAAUUCUGUUGACAGAUUCUGCAUUACAUUCUAAGCAGGCUCUUAAAGACAUAGAAGUUGCUCGCGGAUAGGCAGGCAAAGUACUGUUCAAGAGAAAAUUUAAUCAGGGGACCAUUAUGACGGUCAUUUUUUUGAAAGAAUAUUCUGAAGCGGUGUAACCUGGGAAACUCGUAGUUGAAGAAAACGUUUUAGUUUAAUUUUCAGUUUAUUUGAAGGAAACAUAGGUUUUGAACCUUUGACCUCCAAGUUUUUUUUACAAGGAAGCGAACUAUAUCAAAAAUUUGAAAGUGGAAACAUCAAACAGCUGCAGAAGUUUUUUAGCUUGGCGAAGAUUCAGAAAAGAAGUCGAAUAAACGAAUGGUUCCAGAUGUUGAAAACAUUAACAUUACUAAAUUUGCUGUACAGUAGUCAACUCACGCAGCUGGUGCGAUCUCAAUUUCUCAGGGAGACGAAUUGAAUGCCAACACUCAUAUUUAACGGGCUUGGGAUAAUAACAGGACAAGCAAACGUUACCUAAAUGCAGGCAGUAGUAUAAUUGCAUUAAUAAACCGUUCGAACGGAAUGCUAAGACGAUGUCGUUCAGAUGACAUUGUAACGUUCAUUGAUAUUCUGGUCCAACUUGCGCUUAAAAGCCCCAACGGCGGUGAACAUGACGAUAUCUGCAGACAGAGCAUUCCAAGCCUCGACCACUCUGUUUGAAAAGAAGACGUUCCGCAUGUCCAACCUGGCGCCAGUCACAUGUAGUUUAAGUGGAUGACCUCGGAGGGUCGUUGUGGUCGCUAACUCAAAGAAAUCAGUAGGUACGAGAUAGCAGUCCUGGCCGCGCAGUAUACGGAAUGUUUGUAUAAGGUCGCCUCUUAGCUGUCUGUAACUCAAUGGAAAGAGGCCGAGAUUGGACAAUCGGGUUUCAUAGGGUAGUGAACCCUGUACACUUACGAGUUUGGUUGCCAGCCUCUGAACUUUCUCAAGGAUGCUGAGAUCUUUAGAGGUCCACGGUUUCCACGCCUGAGUAGCGAAAUCUAGCUGUGGCCGUACGAAAGUCCGAAAGACUUUAACGAAGCAGUCCUCAUCGAAGGUAGAGAAAGCUCUCUUAACAAGAUAAAGGACUGACAUCGCAGACUUGGUUACCUUGGAGCAGUGAAGCGACGGUUUUAGAGAAGCCGUUACCCACACCCCCAAGUCUUUCUGGGCGUCUACCUCCUGCAAUGGUACGCCGUUUAGGUGGUCAACCCUCCGGUUCAGAGAUCGGGUCCUGCCGACUCGCAGGACAUUACACUUAGUCACAUUAAACGGCAACAGCCAGUCCUGUGACCAUUUCUCGAGUCGUGUCAGGUCUGCCUGCAAGCGCUCUUCGUCAAAUUCAGUUCGGAUGACGCUCCAAAGUUUAGCAUCAUCAGCGAACAUGGCGACAUCACAAUUCAGUCCACUGACGCAGUCGUUGACAUAUAUAACGGACAGGAUACGGCAAAGGACGGAGCCGUGAGGAACACCGCUUUAAACCGCUACUUCCGCCGACUGCCUGUCAACGACGGGGACAAUUUGAGAGCGACCGAUCAAGAAACUUUUGUUCCACCUCAGGAACUUACACUUUAUGCCUGUUCGGCUUAAUUUGUACAGAAGACGCCGAUGUGGUACACUGUCGAAUGCUUUCUUAAAAUCGACGUAGACUGCGUGCAAUGCAUUACCGCCAUCAACUGCACGAGUCCAGCGUUCUAAACAGUAUAAUAGGUCUGUCAUGCAUGAUCUGGCUCUACGAAAUCCGUGUUGGGCAUCACAUUGCAGAUUAUGCUCUUCCAAGAGGCUCAUUAGUUCUCGCUUAAUCAUUUUUCCAUAAUUUUUCAGCAAACUGAAGUAAGCGUGAUUUAUCUGUAGUUAUUUGCUAAGACCUUGCUGUGGACUUUAUUAAAUGGCGUUAUCCGUGCACAUUUCCAUUCGGUGGGCAAAUAGCCUGCUUCCAGCGAAGCCUGUUUAGAUAGUUCUCCAGCGAACUCCUGCAACACUUUGGUGCCUUUUAUUCUAAAGUGCCGAGAGAGAACCAACCCACCUUGUUCCUUACAGAUUGAAUUAUUAUCGGUGGAAAUUACAUCGUUGCGUUAUCGGAAAAUAAUAAUGUUGGUAACUGGAGCAUUGUCGGUGGGGAGACUACAAGGAAGGAAAGUAUAGCUCCAGAUGGGCGCAAUGAUUAAAUUAAGGCGGUCGUUUCAGCGCAUUAAACGUCUAUUCAUCUCUCCAGAAGCGGACGCAAAGCGUUUGUUAGAUCUCUGGCCUAUACUUAUGCAGAUCGUUUGGCUGUCAGUGACGACGAGCUCGCGUGUGCACCAAGUCAUGAAUCUGUGAAGCGACAAGAGGCUACCCUGGAAAUGUAGACGUAAUAUUUGCAAUUUGUUGCAGGAGUAUUGGCAGAUGUUGCCUUCAGCACGACUAUGCAGCACCAGUGAAUUAGCAGAAGGGUUAAACGGUUGGGAAUUAAGUCAGUUCGAGUAAUCUUAGGUGCACACAUUAGGUUAUACCAUACAGCAACAGAGCAUUACUUUUGAUAUCUAGUAUAGUAUAAAUAGCAUGUGCAAAAAGGCUCUUGCAUGCAGUCAGUAUUUUCUACUUAUGUUUCCUGCUGAAUUCAGAAUUAUGCAUAAAUAAAUAUGUCAUCUGUGAGCUAUUUCAUAUUCCUAGCUCCUCUUGCCAAACUCGACAGCUGCGCAACCACGAAUCACGGGUGCGAGCAUUUCUGCGUGAACAUUCCAGGCAGUUACAAGUGUCAAUGCCAUGAGGGCUACACUCUUCAUCCGAAUGGAAAAUCUUGCAGACGUGAGUCGAACAUUUUUUAUCUCGAUUGCCAUUUGCCUUAUCUACUUAUUUGUCAGCCUAUCCAAGGUGCUUCACUGAUAUUUAGUGCAAAAAUAUGCACACUAAUUAUAUAGCAGCACAUCUACUUCCUGGCGACAUUUUACACUACACCCUGUCAGUAAUUUCUCUAUCAACUCGAACUGAACCAAGCAGACGACCAACAACGUUUAUAAUUCUUAUUUGCCGUGAAACGGUUCAGAUAUAAAUAGCAGUGUGAAACGGCACAUUUUUGAUGUUCUUGGUAAUUUACAACUGUACAUUCAGUUGACACUCAGCAAAUUUGGUGGUUUCACCGACGCAUUUCCUCGCAACAGCUCCAUGCGGCGGUUACUUUAGAGCGGGCGAGGGCACUUUUACCAGUCCGGAUUAUCCGUCGGCAUAUCCCCCGGACAGCAAAUGCCUCUGGCUGAUCGAAGUUCCCGUUGGAUUCUCAGUUGUCCUCUCAUUUGACAGUUUUCAUGUAAGUACUAAUUUUCACUUCACAAGCAUUCUUUUGAUUGUGAUGAGAAUGCGAUCGGGAGAUGGCAUCCAAAAAAAUCCGCUUAACCAAAGCAGCCUGUUUACGGGACAGGUGGUAAUAGGGGUUUUAUGGGUGAUGGCUGGUGGGGAUGUACGAUACCAGCUGACAGAAAGCCUUAUUUGAACAGGUGAAUGAUCGAAUUUGGCCCGCUCACCGUCCCGUUAUUACAAAAUGGUUCGCCAAAGGCAGUAAAGUGGUAAUGGAAGAGUGGAAGGCGUAUAAGUCUUCCCUCAGAAGGUUAUCUACAUUUCUCUGUUAACCACUCAGAGAACUUCAAGGCCCCUACCGCCGGACGGCACACCAAUGUCAUUGAGGCAUACUGGAAUAGAAUGAAAAGGAAACUCCACGAGGGAAGCCCUGCGUGCGGUCGAGCUGUGUGGGCCCACAUAGACGAAGUACAGUAACGUCUUUGGUUUGGCCUCAAGGCCAUCUCUUUGACAGAUGCCUGAGAACUGUUCCUGUCCCAUGUUGUGCAGACCUAUAAUAAUAAUAAAAUGCCAUAGUGCGAAUGUAUGCUGUAUAUUCAGGUGUAUGUGUGUGACGAUGGAGAAGGUUGGGUAAUAGCGACCAUCGUCCAUGUAACCUCCUGCGAUGUUCGUUCGGCCAGCCCAUGUUAGGCCGUCGCAGAAAGUCCAAGUAGUGCGUGAAAGUAGGCCUGCAACCGCUGAUAUAGCCUGAAGGCGUUUGAGUCCUAGGUAACCCCUACGUAACCCCUUUUACCACCUGUCCCUUAAGACAGGCUGCUUUAAUUAGGUUGAUUUUUUUAGGUGCCAUCUCCCGAUUGUUACCAAUUCAUUUGCUUGAGUAGGCCUGGCAACGGCAUUGGUUUGCCGCGAAACAGAUUGAGGUGUGAGAAAAUUGAUUGCUUGACAAUCUCCGACGUAAGCGUGUUUUGUAGGGUCCCCCAAAUAACUCAAAUAUAUGCUUACAUAUAACGCCACCAGUGUCAACCGAAUAGCAUAUCUGGGAAUGUGCUUAGCUUGAUUUCGUCAUUCUACAUUUAUGCUGACUUGUAAAGAAUUUGAAGGAAAUGCUGCAGCGAUAUGUGGGUGAAAACUUACCAUGUGAACUCAAGCUUAAAGGUUUUAACCUGCGGGCUGUAACUAUAACUUUUUGACUACGCAAUUCGCAGCUCGAGGGAGAGAUGGACUGUCCAUACGAUUAUGUCGAAAUAUACGACGGACCUUCGGAAUCUUCACGCGAGUUUGGCAAGAUCUGCGGAACUGACGUACCAUCACCGAUAAGGUCGACACAAAACACCAUGACUGUGCGUUUUGUUACUGAUGACGCUGGCCAAUACAGGGGUUUCGCAGCAAGGUUUAGGAAGGGUAAGUUCCUCCAAAAUGCAAAAGGCAAUGGAUAGUGCUUCAUAUGUGUUCUCCAACCCUUAAGAGGCAGCAUUUUAUCCGGGUUUGAGAUGUUCAGCUACAACACAUAUCAAGAUAGCUUCCACACAAUCACUCCCUUAACAAUUUUUAUCCAUCUGUUCCUCUCAUAGUCCUUAAGGCUAAUUAUAUUUUGACUCUCUAUCUGCAUUAGCCUUUUGUGAGCCGAAUUGUAGGCAGAUAUCUUAGGAGCAGCGAUGUCUCCAUUGACAUAUCCUUGAUUUUAUUCCAAGAUUAUUAUUUAGGGUGGAGCUGGAACGUCCACGUCUGUUCUAAUGGUCGCUGUCAGGCAACCGCCUUUAGGCCUAACUUUAGAAAAUUGUACGUAUCAUGCCCGUACCGAGGCUCGAAGACACAUUGGGUCAAACAUGUACCGUACCACGCACAGAUCGGUGAACACGCCUGCUGACAAUUAACUGAACGCCGGCCAUGAUCGCUUUAUUUGGGAAGGUAACCACUGCGCAGAUAAUUUGCCACUUAUUAAGAAUAAGAAAAAAUCGCGGCUCUACAGUAGGUGGGUUAACUCAUGAAAUUUUAACCGAAAUUCCGAAAUGCGUUUUCGUUUCGAAAGGAUUAAUUAAAUUGGGUUGUACAACUGAUCAUCACGCAGCAUAAUUCUACAAUAAUUUAUUUACCUCAGGAUGCCGGCUUUUGAACGAACUCCUUUUCGGUUGCAUGCAAAAUCUCGGUAAAAAUGCCUGCUUAAGUAGCAUGCAUUUUUCCCGUUGAUUUUCGGUGCCCUUAAAAAUUUCAAUUAUCCUUCCUGGAAAGAAUUCAUAAAUAAUAUACCCAUUAGCUACGCAUUAGAUCUUUGCACAAAUUUCUCCUGCCUGAUUCAAGAGAAACAGAUAGGUUUCUGACGGUGUCAAGUCAACAUUUUCGCCGCUGGUCGAAGUCUACCUCUAAAAACGGUCCCUGAAUUCCCUUCCACGGUGGAAAUUGUCUUCCUAUGCUUCUACUUGACGUUCAGAAUUCCGCACAUUCCAUCUCAGCUGAUAUUCCCAUUGAUGUGUGCCUUAGCUAAGUGCAUUACUCUUAUGAACCCGCGGUUUAUCUUUGUCAGAAGCUGCAUACAAUAUGAGGUUCCUCCUGUGCAAAUAUGCCUGCAAUAUCCAUUGUGUAUAUGGCCGCAGGGGACGGGUGUCCACGUCGCCUCAACACCAGCUAAUUUUCGUUUAUAGUAGUUAGGGGCGAAAGUUCUGCAGCACUUGCAAAACACCCGAUAUCUCUGCAAAGAUUGAGUGAACUAAUUAAUGCCUUGCUUUUGGCGACAAAAAGCAACAACAGUAAUUCUACGAAAUAAUGUCAGUCAUUCUCAACAAUUUUCUGCCACCGACUUGCAAGCACCCGAAUUUGAUUAAAGUACCAUUCCCUGGGCUUUGAUUCUGAGAAUUCUUCGCAGGCUUCUUAACCGUCCCCGAAUGAACCGAAUCGACAACCUUGCAAGAAGUGCUGCAUUAAUCGGAUGAGGCCAUGGUCAGAUGGUGCGCCCUCAGGGCUCUAGGCUGGGUGUGGAAGGACCUCGACCACAUCCACUUCUUCGAACUUGUUCUGCGUCUUUUGGCAGUGUAUGGUCUGACAUUGUCCUCUUGGAACUGAUUCCGUUUUUGACGAACCAAUACCAAGUACUUCUCUUUAAGCUUGUCUUGGACUCAGCCCAGUUGUUGGCAGUAGAGAGCUGAGUUGAUGGCAUGGCCACUCGAAACAAAUUUAAAGUGUAGCAGACACUCGAAAUUCCACAAAAUACAGAUCAUCAUUUUCUUGUCGACCGAUGCUGACGUGGGACUGAAGGAGGAGUCCGAUCUUUUGGAACCAAUUUCUUUCGACGGUUUUGAUUGGCCGAGUAGACCCAUUUCUAGUCAGACGUCGCAAUGCGCUUCCAGAAUCGAUCAUUCAGAAGCUUUUCUGACAACCGACGGCAAAUUUCGACACGUCUGCAGUCAGCCCAUGUGGGUCUCGAUGCAGCUUCUUACGGACAAGGCCAAGUUGGUGGAAAUGUCUCAAUACUGUUUUGUGGUCGACUCCGAGCACUGCUUCUAAGUCACGACCGCUCGAUGGCGGUUUAUGUUCGGAGUUCGCAAAAACCGCCAUUGGGUAUGGUUGGCUGAUAACGCAAAAUAUUUUGCGGAUGGCAGGGGAAAACUUUUCAAAAUAUGGCCUUUUUUCGAACCAUGAACUCGUUGUGGACACUAGUUGAAGAGAAUGUACUCUCUGUAGAUUAACCACGUAAUGCCCAUUUAAGGCAGGCACAUUGCAAAGGUCUUCCUUAAGCUGUGAGACACAAUUUAGAUCCGAAUCCUUCUCAGUUUGUUCGUGUGAGGGGACAUCUAUUGGCAAAACAAGCACUGGUCCUUUAAGCGGUACUGAUGGUGCAGUCCAGGUUUGUUGAUAGAGUACCUGAAUGACAAAAUGGGACUGCAGUGGUCAUUUCAUGCUUCCUAAUUAUUGCUGCCCAGGUAUACCAAGCGCCGGCUGUGGAUAAUUCAAAAUCCUAAACCGGAUUCCUUGGUCAUGCUGUUGUAAGUAAACCACUCUUCGAUUCAGCAAGAGGCCAGGUGUUCAGUCGGUACCGUUUUUUGUUGACAAUGGUGAAUUUUUUAUCUAAUUUUUUCACUAACCUACCGACUAAAAUCAUUUAAUAAGUUCUAGGAUGGGUAUUAAAUACAAACUAGGUGUCGCAAACCCUGAAAGCAGGCGUCUUAAUUUUCACAGACUGUCAUUACUCUAUGGCUAACAACGCGUUUCUGUCCUGACAGUCAUGUGGAUUCCUUAAAUAAGGAUAACAUUUUGAUCUUUCACUACUUUGGACUACCCAAUUGAAGAGACAAAAAUGCUCACUAGUUGAUAAUAUUUGUUUCACUUGCAUCAUUUUAACAUAAGUCGCUCCUUGUCAGGAUUGCUUUGAACAGGGACUACUGUAUUUAUUUCUAUCUGUAGCAUCCAACAGCCGCGGUCGUCAGUGAUGAUUCAAAUUCGGAAAUACUACAUCGAUGGAAAGUCUCAGACGUCGUCCUUAGCAAGGUUUCUUAUGCAAUUCAAAUUGGUGUUGGGCAUUUUCGAAUGAUUUAACCAAAAAGUUUAGUUGACAAAGGGGGUGGAUUGAGCUGUGAAGCGUACUGAUUAAAUAUUUUUAUACAUAAGCUGCAUCAUUUUAUCUAUACCAAAAAUUGGCAUUUUACAGGGAAAACAUUAGAUCACUCCGUUUUUAGGGCAGAUUCACUGGACAACUUGGACAGUUUUUGCUUUUACUUAUUAGAUUACUACGCUCACAACUUACUACCAUAGCAUGUAUAUAGUAAUUGAAAGGGCUACAAAACAACGCUGUUGAGAGUCAAAAGUCCAGUGCAUUUACAAGUUGUUGUCACUCAUUUCAAGCCUAACCACGGGUCAAAGACGGAAAACUCGAACGAAGAUACUUUUUGACGGUCGAAGGGCACUCAUAGAUCGCCCUUAGGAACUCUAUCGUCCUGUCGUGCCUAAGGGCUCUCUCUUGACCCCCGCCAGCAGCCGCACAGUGGCACGUGAUAUAGACAGAAUAGCAUUACCGACAAAGACAGGAGAGACUGGAAUGACCAUUUCUGCUUUGCCAGCCGCCAUCAGCCAGGAAUGCUCAACCCUGAGGUGUGGAACGCCUGGAGCUCGAUCCCACGAUCUGUCAGUUAGAAGUAUAACGUCUCUAACCACUGGGAUACAGGCUCAUUUUCCUGUCGGCUGCAAUCGGGACUAUACGAUGGCAGAGGGGGACGUUCACCGAUUGUUUUUAUGGAACUCACUCGUCCCGCGUUGUGUCUUAGGGCCCUCUCACGAGCACAACUAGUAGUCGCACUGCGGCGCGUAAGAUAAGGAGAAUGACAUUGCCGACAAAGACAAGGGAGACUGCAAUGGCCAUUUUGGUUUGUUAGCCGUCGUCAGGCAGUCAUACUCAACUCUGAGGUGUGGACCAUCCGAGGCAACGAGCCCGUGUCCCAGUGGUUAGGGGCAUCGGACUUCUAACCAGCAGAUUGCGCGAUCGAGCCCCAGGUGUUCCACACCUCAGGGUUGAGUACGGCUUGCUGACGACGGUUAAUGAGCCAGAUGUGGCCGUCGCAGUCUUCCUUGUCUUUGUCGAUAAUGCUACUCUGCCUAUAGCACGCGCCAAUGUCGCUGCUGUCGGGGGUCGAGAGAGAGAGUCCCAAGAAACAAAGGAAUGAAUGAGAUCUGUAGCGUAAUCGGUGAACGUUCGUCUACGAUUUUAUAUUGUUGGUCCGAACCGGCAGGACAGUGAGACCGUGGCCCAGUCUUUAGGUGUAUCAGACUUCGCGCCUGUUUAGUGUUGGGGUUAGGGGUUAGUUUGGGGUAAGGUAACACCAUACUAACAACACAGGUACUAGCCAAAAUUUGAAGAAGAAGAAGAAGAAGAAGAAGAAGAAGAAGAAAAGUCGAGCACCGGAACACUUCGUUUAUUAUCCGGAGCUUUCAGACUCGUACAGGAGUCCAUCGACAGAGGUAGUGACAGAAUUCCGUGCCAAAAUUGUCCUUGUAACUACACAGGACAUACUGGACGCAUACUCGGAUCGCGCAUACACGAACAUAAGCUGACUGUGCGGCGAGACAAAGCAUUAUCACAAUUGGCCGCCCACGCCUACGAAAUGGGUCAAGAGUUUAACUUCGCAGCCACCAAAAAUAGUCGCCAACGUCGGAAACAAAACAUUUCGAGAAUUGAUUGAGGACUGGGCCUCGGAUGAGAACUCGGUCAAUCGACUUAUCGAUCUGGCGCCGGCGUACAGGGGCCUGAGCAGUCAACUCCAGUCGUGCGACGUCGGUCGAUGAUUGGGCCCACGUGCCUUAUAACUGCCGCUUGUCCUGUUUCUGUCACUUCCUCUGACGAUGGACUCCUGUACGAGUCUGAAAGCUCAGGAUAAUAAACGAAAGGCUCCGGUACUCGACUCUUUUUCUUCACAUUUGCAUACACCUGGAACUCAAAAUUUCGCCUUCACUAGCCAAAAGCCCAUACACACGUGUUUCGCCGAUGUUCUGCCUCUGUAUGGCACAGCUGCCAGAUGUUCGGCAUAAACCUCCUCAGCAUUCCCCGUGCUGGUGUUAUGGGAAGGUUUAUGGUUAGGGUUAGGUGUCAGGAUUAGGUAUAGGAGUUAGGGGUUAAGGAUAAGAAAUAGGAGUUACUGUUAUCUCUUCUAUUACCAGCAAUCCCCUAUGACAGGCAGCCGGGGCUUUUAUACUGCAGGUCUAGCUACGAAAUUAGACCCGAUCCAGACUUCUAAUCAACAGGUCGAGGAAUAGAGCCGCAGGUGUUCCACACCUCGUAGUUGAGUAUGACUGACUGGAGGACGGUGUAAAGCGAAGGCAGAUAAUCGAGAAGCAAGACAAUCAGAAAAGUAAACAGGUUGGACAACUUUUUGGCUUGUUUGUUGUUCUGAGAUAUUUGGCGGAGAAUCGGGUUAUGAUUACGAUGGUAAGACGCGGGAAAGGGGAAUUGGGGGAUGGGGAGAAUUUGUGCCUACUAAACCCUUAUGAACACCAUGGAACUGCAGCUCUGAGAUGAGUUAGGCUUCGGGGUCGCCCUCGAUAGGCAGCACGAAAGAGAUCAUCGCAAGAUGAUUUUGGUGACUUAUGCACAUCAGUUUAUGUUACGAAGCUUAUUUCAACGUAACACUCAUGAGUUUGGCCGUGCCGAAACGGUGUAAUUUUACAUAGAUCAGUGCGAACAGUGCAGGGUGUUCGUCGGAUCUCCGUUUUUCAUCACGAACACUGGGGGAGAACAACUCACUAGGAAGUCGGCCAGCGGCACCGAACACCAUUACAGCAAUAGGGUAGCCUGGAGAUGCAAUAUGUCAUGUUUUCCCUAUCCCGGGUGAUCUGUUGAGUGGCAUCCGAUAAGCAUUGAAGCUAUUUGAGUAUAUGACUCGUAUCGGGCUGAUAGGCUAUGGCCCGAAUCUUGUGGCAGCCAAAUAAAUUUGGAACGAUUUGAAAGAUCAAGAUCGGAAACAGUUUCUACGUUCCGUUAUACUGGUAAAAGGGACUCUUGUUUUGGCGUCACAACGACAGAGGAGUGUCCUGUACACUUCGUGUUUCCGCACCUUGCAGCACGUAAAACGAUCCAGGCAAGAAUGGAGAAAGAUGCAACACAUCGAAUGAGGAUUCGACCCAUGAUAUCCAGGUGGAAUCGACUAAACCGUGCGUAAUGAGGGGGAUGUCGCUGUGCCAGUAUACCUUACCUAAUUGAAAAUCGCCACGAGUUUGUUACUGAGCCAUCUUAUCUUUUACUUAUACCGGGUGAAACAAAUCGACCAAUCAUUAGUUUGGUCGUAGGACGAAAUCCAUAUUUCGAGACACAGUGGAGGACAGUGGACAUUUUACAGAGGAGGAUGGAGAAACGGAGGGGCAGCGGCGGGAGAUAAAAGUAUCGCACAGCUUGGCGUCAUUGGAAGUAUUGAGUGGAAUGACCUGGUGCUGGAGACACGUGACAUCUUUUCACGAAGGUGCCUCGACUAGAAACAAUUCAGCAGCCAUCUUAGUGAGGUCGGUGGCCUGAGUAAGAUAAAGAGGAAAUACGGGGAAUUUGGACAGGACGUCAGCAAUGUCAUUUGGUGAUCCAUCAAUGUGAAAUGUCCGAGAUUAGACUGGGAUAUGGUCCAGUUAGCAGAUCUAGGGGAGUUGAGAGUGGUAAAGUAGGGCAGAAAGACGACGGAAAUGAGCUUACGAUCGGUGCAGAUGGCACAAAUCGUACCCCCAAAGAAGUACUGAAAACGUUUUGUGGUUAGGUAGACGGCCGGCAACUGGCGGUCAAAUGAUAGGAGAUUAUUUUCUAGGAAAGAAAGUUGGAUUUUACCUGUUAAGGUGCUCCUGAAGGCCAACGGCAUUGGAGUAGUUGCCCAGUAGAGUUUUGAUAGCAUGAGGAGAAGAGAGGGUCAUGAAGUGAACGACCCCUAGAAAAAUCUUUGUUUUGUUAAAGGAAACAAGGACAUCUGUGAGCCACCUGAGCGAACGUUUGGGACGCGAGAGGGAGGUUGGUGAUUUGAAAGAUGAUGUCACCACUGAUAACAACCAGUGGCGGUACAGGUUCCUAAUUCUCUGAAAAGACUGUAAAUAGCAAUUAGAAAUUAGUAACCGGAGUCCAUGGAUGAAGGCAGAGGACGGAUGUCAGUCGAGACGGCGAGGCGGCCGUCAAUGGAGAAGUAUAAAACGUCGAAUGUACACGUGAAGAGGAUGAAAACUAUGUCAAGCUGUUGCAGACGACCACACACACUUGCGAGAUUAUCCACGUGACCUUCAACUGUGCUGCUGCCUACAAGACGUCAUCAGUGUGGCCACAGACAAGGGUAGGCCAGCGUCCUUAUCAAAAAGGUGUCGGGUGAUGGGAUUCCAAGCACAUCUCAACGCCGCCUUCCCAGACGUGCAAGUAAGGGUCGAGGAGAGAGAAAAUAAUCGGCUAGCUGUCCUCUAUAUCCCCGUCUGCCGCAAAAAUUAUGGCGGUCCAGAUACAAGGUGCUUGGGAAAACAACUAAUAUGACCAAAGUGCCAAGCCUCAACAGCAGCCAACUGAUCAAACACAAGCGCAGUUGCCAUGACGGCCUGUCAAGACGCAUUGUAGUAAACCGGAAGACAAGUGUGCUGGACUACAAUAUAUUCAGCGGGUGCUUAGAACGAAUGAUUACCAGCACAAAUUCACCAGGAGGCCGUAAAGUUUUGCUAGGUCAUGCAUGUUUCCAUCGGCAGUGGUGCUGUUUGGAACUCUCCAUCAUUAUGGACGUAGACAAGGGUCCACGAACAAUUCAAAGGAUUGAGGGAUAGUGAGAAGUCUAACCAUAUUCGCAGUAACUCGGGGUGGUAAGAAAAAGUGACCACAGUCAAAACGUCCUCUGAGGCACUUGGGAUCUGAAGAGAAUACCAGAUCAAAUCAAUCCUGAAGAGGAGAAACUAACUGACAAAAACAUCAGCAAAUUUUGCAUAUGGAAACGAGUUACUUGCGUUGUCCAGGGCCCUGUGACCCUUCUAGUCGACAGUGGUGGCUUUGGGAAUCAUGUGCAGAGGAAAUGUCCAAGUAUUUUACUAGUAUUCUGCAAUCAAAGUCAGUUUUCAAUGCAAAAGAUCGGCUGAAACAAUAUGGCAUGCAGCAAAAGAAAAAAUAACGCCCUGAGGUCUUAAUACAGUGAGUAAUACCAUGGGACAUUGAGUAGUCAGGAAAGAUAUACUUCGUAAAACGGAGACAUCAAGCGAAAGAACUUUUAAAAUGGACACUCAGGGUUUGGGUCCAGGUAUGAUGAACGAUCGGUAAUCCAAUAUCAAUCGUGACUCAGGGAACAUCACUUACCACGACAAUGCAAGAGUGAAGGGGUCUGGAUGUAAAUUCAUGGGAGGAGGGGCAUGAGUAAAAGGCGGCGAUUUCUGUGGAGUACAUUGUCUACAGAGACGGAUCCGAUCUCAGGCAACAUUGGCUAAGACGGGGAAAGCGAAUGGCCCCGACUCGGGUGCCAGUGUUAAAUAGGACCCCUGACUUCAAAGAACGUAACUUGUCACCAUAAAAUUUUCCAGGGAAUUCGGUGCAUUUUCUCUGCGAAUAGGUGUUUUUCUGCUAGGUUUUAAGGUAGAAGGGAGCAAUAAAAAGCCGAUUCGCGGGCAUAACAGAGGUCUCGGUUUAAUGUACGCUUGCAAGCGCCAAGUGAGUGGUGAGGCCGAUGAACAGAAAUAGACGCAGAGAGUUCGAGCAUGUGAGACUUGUCCAAGCCAGCUAGUGUUCCCCAGGCUUGCAAGAGUUAGACAUAAACGACGAGGGCAACCAGCAGAAUAUGCAAAACUGUAACAUAGCCACCGGUCCCUGUUAUCCAUAUUUCCGUGUUUGCCACUUGCAUUCCUUUUAUUAAUCGACGCACACUGAUUUCACAGAUAUUCCUUGCUGAUGUGUUGGCGUAAUCACAUCGAUGCAGCAGUGUAUGUUAUGGAGCUACUAAAGCACCUAAAACAAACAGUGCGGCAAAUUCACUGAAUGAACACGAGGAAUCAGUAUGGGCUCAGGCAGGCGUUGUUGGGAAUGCGCACCCGUAACAAAUGCCAUCAUUGGAGGUGUGGCGACAGGACUGUCGGAAUGGUAAAGUCGAAAAGACAAAGGUUCCCAAAUCAGAAGUCAGGAAAGACGGAUUGGGUUGGACAACUUUUGCCGCCGAGGAAGCGCGUACACAAAAUUCUGCAAGCAGUCGCCGCGAGCGAUCUCUCCAGGCUAGUUUUCAUCUGUGUCCGCCGUUGAGGUGCCCAGACUCCAGCGCGUGUGUGGAACUUUUGCUCUGCCUCAUUGUCCGCCAUCCAGUCCGAGAAGGCGCUCACGAGGCUAGUGACAAGCCUCGCGCCUCCCAGCAGCGGAUCUACAGCGAGUGUGAGACGAGCAGGAGGGCUUCAUGACAAAGCAGCGGAGAACAAGGAAGCGCGGACCGCCAUAGGCCCAGGAGCAAGCUGACCAGUUGGGGUCAGAGCUGCCUCCUGUUUUUCUUGCUGUAUAAAAUCAUAUUCAAUGUACUUUGUGAACUAGGGGGUGUCGUGGUACGCCUAGGUGCGGGUUUACUCCGUGUCAACCAUCCUAGAGGGGCCUAUACAGAUUGCCUACUAUCGAAAAGGCUCAAUACGUUCCUUUCAGUUUCACUGUGCUAUAUUAAUCUCUCCUUUGAUGAAUAUCCGAAUCUGUUUUCGGUCAAACAGGAAAAAACGGGGAUUUGGUAAGUUUCUGAAUAUGUACGGUUGAAUUUUUCCGUUGUACUAAAGGCAAAUUUGUCUCCUAAUAAUGAAAGCAAAGCCAUUUCUACAUUCGCUGACUUCCGGCAUAGCCUGCACGCAUUUGCAGAGACGAUUUUAGGGGCUAGACCUCUUGUCAUCGAAAGACGAAAGUAGCUAAUCCUAAUUGCCAAAUGUGCGUUGAUUGACAAGAAUCGUUAAUAAACAAAGCUGGUACUAUCUGAACUCUUACAUUUAUCUGGACAACUUACUCCAUAGCAUCUUACCACAUACUUCGAAACUGGGCGCUCAGUUAAGGAAUACUUUGUUUAGUACUUGUUUUCAGUAGGUAGCAAUUGUUGUUUAAGAGACGUAUGUCAAAGUAAGUCUGAUUAUCUGCCCACGACAAGAAUUCUGGCUGUUUGGGAUUGCUGUCUACAGAGAUAAACUGUGCGAAUUGGCGCUGUCUACAAUAAAAGGACUCGAUCAGAAUUAUUAAUUGUUAUCAGUCUCGUGUGCUUGAUGUUUUAGACGGGAAACAGCUAUCUGAUGACAAUUGUGCUUCCAACGGUUUAUUCACUCCAAAUACCGCUGCUGAAUACAAUCACAAUCACGCAGAGUUGUGUUUAUCAGUCCAUGCUGACUGCCCCUUCCGGUGGAAAUCGUAGCCUACGGCAGGUGGAGUAUGCAGUUGAACAUACAUUCAGAAGAUGAAGAUGCGAUCACUGGGACAAGAAGUUUAUUUGCCUGACGUUUCGGAUUCUCACCCGAACCCAUCAUCAGAGACAUUCGCAGAUAGAGGUGAAGGUGGCACCAGGAGUGCAGUAUUUAUAGCACGUGGCUGCCGUGGGACCGUAUGCGCACUGCAAUUAACAGUUCUCACAAUCGUCGCUGGGGUCGUAAUUGAUGCGGCGGUGGCUUGGCGGUCCGAGUCCGAGUUGUUAAUUGCCGCGAUUUCGUCAUCCGUGCUCGAUGCUGGUGUGAAGAUUGCUCGGCAAACUGGCUCACUGUCACCGUGAUAAUUGGAGAAACUUAAAGGAGUAAGUCUCCUGCCAAGCGAUAUCAUGGUUUCCUUUGAUGUCACGUCCCUUUUUACUUCUAUCCCACAGGACCUGGCAGUCGAGACAAUCGAACUACUCCUACGAGAGAAGUACGACGAAACGGAGAAUCGCCUCGGACACGCCCAAAUCAUCCAGCUCCUGAAGUUCUGUCUCAAGACGUACUUUACAUUCGACGGAACAAUCUACGAGCAGGUGAAGGGAACGCCAAUGGGUUCGCCGAUUUCGGGACUCAUAGCCGAGGCGGUCCUUCAACGGCUGGAGUCGCUGGUUUUCCGACACCACAGACCGAAAUUCUGGGCUCGGUAUGUGGAUGACACCUUCGUCGUCAUCGAACGGGAUCAGGUGCUGACUUUCAAAGAACAACUCAACGCCGUCUUCCCGGACAUUCAAUUUACGAUGGAGGAGGAGGAAAACAAUCAGCUGGCCUUCCUGGAUGUCCUCGUCUGCCGCAAAGAUUGUGGUGGCCUAAAAACCAAAGUGUUCUGGAAAGCGACAAAUACGACGCAAAUACUGAACUUCAAUAGCAACCACCCGAUCAGUCACAAACGCAGUUGCGUAAGGGCACUAUACCGGCGUGUUGAGGCGCACUGCAGUGAAAUGGAAGACAAGGUUGCUGAAUUACAAUAUCUUCGACGGGUAAUGAGAGCCAAUGGCUACCCGCGCAACUUUGUCAACCAGUGCAUACGAAAAGGACACCAGAGACCAAAUCCAACUAGCCCCAAAUUUUGGCGGGCUCUUCCGUACGUGAAGAACGUCUCGGAAGCCGUCAGUCGUCUUCUCACUCCACUUGGAGUUGGGGUUGCACACAGGCCGGAAGCAACCAUUAGGCGCCAAGUAAUGAGGCCAAAAGACCCGCUGCCACGGCAGGAAACGUCUGGAGUCGUUUACCGGAUCUGGUGUAGUUGCGGACAAAGCAAUUAUGUCGGAGAAACUGGGAGAUUACUGCGUACGCGACUUGCCGAGCACGCAGCAGCAGUGAGGCGGGGAGACGCUAACUCUCAGGUGGCGGCACACUCGACGGGACCCGGCCAUAAUUUCAAAUUUCAAGAGGCCGAAAUCCUGGCAAGGGGUGACAACCACGUCAGCCGCGAGCUGCUCGAGUCAUGGUUCUCAGGCCCGCAAUCCAUCAACAAACACAAUGACCUCCCGGUGGCCUAUUCCGUAUUGCGAUUUUCCCUGGGCAGGAGAAUCAGUCACGUGGGGAGGGCGCGGGUGAGCAAUUAUCACGGUGACAGUGAGCCAGUUUGCCGAGCCAUCGUCACACCAGCAUCGAGCACCGAUGACGAAAUCGCGGCAAUUAACAACUCGGACUCGGACCGCCAAGCCACCGCCGCAUCAAUUACGACCCCAGCGACGAUUGUGAGAACUGUUAAUUGCAGUGCGCAUACGGUCCCACGGCAGCCACGUGCUAUAAAUACUGCACUCCUGGUGCCACCUUCACCUCUAUCUGCGAAUGUCUCUGAUGAUGGGUUCGGGUGAGAAUCCGAAACGUCAGGCAAAUAAACUUCUUGUCCCAGUGAUCGCAUCUUCAUCUUCUGAACUGCUACCUGGGACUCGCCUGUUCGCUUCUAUGAACAUAAAUUAUGAAACAUUCACCUGACGUGCGGCCAGAUCUCAAGUACGCCAAAAUAUGGCGUUGAUUUUGCACGAAAAUUUAUCGUUAGUUAUCCGUGAGAAGUCAUUAAAAGAUCUCCAACGUUUACCAACAACAGUUUUGAUGACUGUUCAUCGCUACUGAAAAUACAGGAUGGAAUCAAGGCACAAUGUCCUCCGCAAAACAGGAUUUCCAACUCCUGUCUUUCAGUACGGCUAGAUGGGUAUGUACCACUCUUUUGGAUCUCCUUUUUUCCCUUCAUCACAUAAUUAAUUAGAACUUAUUAACCAUUUUUGAGUCAGCUAGGCGCAUAAAUUCGCUCACGCGGCUAUUGGUAGAUCAGUUUUCCCUGCGUGAGCUAUCACGAUGAUAUUUUACUUCCAUACACUCAGAAGGGGGUGUGUGCUCACUUUUGUCAAUGUCUACAAUGUGUCGGAAUAAGGGAACACGACAAUUGACACUUUCCGUGUUGAAUGUCACUCCAACGGGUUUUUAAUGAGGAAAAGCUUCCAUGCUACCUUCUCGACGGCUCUGGGCCUCUAUGGCGACAACUGUGGCGGUCAGCAAAUAAGCGAAAAGAGGCUUUUUACAUACAUCCGCAAGUCUGGAAUUUGUGCUAAGCAGGGAGAUGGCCCUAACUAUACUAAAUUGAGUGCCUACAUAAGUUCUUUUCAGUCUGUCGCUGGUCUUUUAAUCGUAUUUUGGUUAGUCGUCUGUUUGAAUGUAAAAUUAAGUUGUCUUACAACUAUGCUCGUGAUGUUUUGCGGGUGGAAGGAAUAAUAUGUAGAUAAGUGAGGAAAUCCACUUCUGCGGCCGAGCUGGUGAUGCUGACACAUUGUGUCAGGAGUGACGCUUUGAGCAUGUUUGGUCCGAAGGUAUCGGACAAGUCCGAUUCGUCCUCUGAAAGACAGUUGGAAGCACCGGUAUGUUGGUAUGUUUUGGGAAUUUACAGCGCUGAUCCGUGCUUUUCAAUAAUUUUACACGCUUUAUUUUCUUCAGUGUAGUGAGUUUCGAAGGCUUUGGCCCACCGCUCAAGACAGUGCGUCGCGCCCACCCAUUUCGGUCGAAAUAUUUCCAAAGUCACAGAAUAGACUUGUAAUGCUUGAGCGAUUUUUUCGGGUGUAAUUUUGCAGCUGGUUUGGUCAGCAUUGUCUCCGAGCGCCCGCAGCGAUGCCCAUUUGGGGACCCACCGCACCGAUACUGACGCCAUAACUUCAACCAUCCACAUUGUCACGGCACACUCAGUCACCGCGUGUGCCUAUCCGACCACAUACGCGUCCAUGAAGACCUGCGGUAAAACGCCGACAGCCAUACCAUGUCAUCACAUUUUCCUCGCCAACACCCAUAAUGCACACAAACACCACAUAUCAUCACACAGCACAAGGGCGUGAUUGUUGGUAAGUUGGAAGUGGGCCUGUCGGUUUCUCCUCCAUGAGGAUAAUUUGCUGCAUGUGUGAUCCGAGUCUGAGAUCAUCACGGGGCGUCAGGCACCGGAACAUGUAAGGUUGGAAACAGGCGUUUUAACUCAGUCCAUGUAGUCAGCCAAGUUGUGUGCUUUUGUGUUGAGUGACUGAAUGGUUGACUGAGACUCAGGCUGCAACAGCUCCUUCUUAACCUGCCAUCUAGCAGUCCCCCACUCGUGAGAUGUAUGUCGCCCAUCCCCUGUUGAGUGAGUCCCUGAUGCUUGUGUUGAUGAGGCCAGGUCGAGUGUGUUGUACGCGAAGACGGGGUCAUUAUAUAUGCCAACCACUGCACACUACCCGCACUAGAUAUCUGACCGGACUCGGACAGCGGCUGAGGCCUGAGGAUGAGAUCUGGGAGCGAGGUCGAUGUCUCAGUGCAUUUUCCUUACUAUAAACAAUCUGACGCGCUUGAAGUUAUCACGGUGUGCUAGAAGACAUGCCUUGGAAGGUUACCAACGGAGGAGAAAGCUCAGGAUUGGCAGUCGGCUCAGUUUGUGUUAGUGUGAAGUGACUGACUGGCGGACUGAGAGUCAGGUUGCAAUGGCUUCUUCUCAAAGUGGCCUCUAGAAUGUCCCGAGUCCGCUGUGGUGGUAUGCCUAGGGGCGCUCCAGUCACGCCAGCAAUCUCCUUUUUUGUCGCGAUGUUUGAAAUCCUGCUUAGGUGUUUGUUGUGAACCGCACACUGUGGUGGUACGCCUAAGUCCAAGUCCAUCCAAGCCAGCCAUUUGCGCCAUCCCCCACUGGUGAGAGGAGAAUUCGGUAGAUUCAGGAAAAGUCUACUAUCGGUUUAACUUAAUUCACGCGUAAGUCACCGUCCCUUCGGUCACACUGCUGUGAAGCCCACAUCGUGGAAACUGAUGGUCGAACUGUCGUGCCAUUGACAAGGAGGAAACACCCUGUCGGACGGGAUGCUUUUUGUCGUCAGUUGUUUUUGGCUCUCACAAGUUUAGUCUCAAGGGCUGUAAUAAAGUUGAUAGAAGCGGAAUCUGCAGUCUAUAUCCUUCCCCUAUGCAAGCACGUUAUUAGGUAGGCGACUCAGUACUUCCAUCGCCUUUUUUUCAGGUGAAGGCUACGACGAUUCUAAACGAAAUGCCCCAACCAGGCGAAGACUUGCCCAGUCUUGGAAAUUCGGCGGCAGAUUUCAUCGCCGACCUUGCUGUUUCGUUGUAA